GGAGCGUCUGGGGCUGAGGAGCGUCGCUCCCGUUACCAUGGCAGCAGGGCCGCCUCCCUCGGCGGCGCGAGGGCCCCGCCAGAGGAGCGCAUGCGCGGUCCGUCGGCUGACGGGGUGUGUGUGUUGUGGAGGAGCCGCGCAGGCGAAGUUCUCCCCCUGUUCCCCCGUCUUCUCUUUCUCCUUAGGGCGGUGUAUCUCUUUGCUGCGUAGCUGAGUCAAGGGCAUGUGGAGGCUGCCUGGCUGUUGUCAGAGCUCUUUGGGGACCCACAACCCUGCAAGGUAGGCCAGUACCGUUAGGAGUAUUUCCUAGUUUCUUGGGGGGGGGCAUAGGGCCUUGAAACCAGCCAUUUGCCAAAACCCCUCUGGCAGAAAGAGAAGGCGGCUAGGAAUGUGCUCCUUUCUGAACCUGUGAGUCCCCAGAUGUUGUUGGACUACAACUCCCAUCACCCCUAGCUAGCAGGGCCAGAGAUCUGGGAUGAUGGGAGUUGUAGUCCAACAACAUCUGGGGACAGACAGCUUGAGAACCGCUGCAAGCAACUGCCUACUAAGACAACUGUUGAGGAACGUGGGUAAAAAUAAAAAUGGGAAGAACCAGCAUUUAUUUAAUUUGUAUAUCUCCCUUCAUCUGAAGAUGUCAGGGCGGUUCAGGAUCAGAGCGCCUGUCUGUUAACCAGAAGGUUGGUGGUUCGAGUUGUGGGAACGAUUCCUGCAUUGCGGGGGGUUGGGCUAGAUGACCUUGGGGGAAUCCCUUCCAACUCAUGAUUCUGUUAUUCUUACUGGGUGUUCUGAAUGUGUCGACUUCCUGUUUUAUAUUGCGUAUCCGCAACACUGUUCCUAUGGUCUUUCAAUUGUUGUUGUUGGCAAACCGGUGAAUAUUUGAGUUGGGCAUCAUGGAUAGCUGUAUGGUAGUGUGUCACGCAACAUACUGGUGUUGAUAAAAACAUGAGAACUGUUGGCUUAAUGUUUUAUUUCUGACGAGAUAGGUUUAUGAAUAAUAGCUGAUAUGUGCCAGCAUGGGGUUCUUGGCCUUGUAUAGAAUUUAUACACUUGACAUGUUUCAGAUGUAGCACAGGAUAGGAUGAAUUCUUCUGUAAAAAUCCUUCUACUUACCACCAUUCCCUUCUUCUUCUUUUUCUUCCCCAAGUUUCUUGAACUGCAAGUAGAAAGUCUUUGGGCACUGUCGGGAGAAUGUCACGGAAAAGCUCCAGAGAAUCCAAAAAAGUUAAUGUUUCCAGCUCCUUGGAAUUGGAAGAUAUAAGCUUGGAGACUACAGUACCCACUGAUGACAUUUCUUCCUCAGAAGAUCGGGAAGGUCCUGUCAAAAUUACUAGGCAGCUGAUUGAGAGGAAGGAGCUGCUUCAUAAUGUUCAGUUGCUGAAAAUAGAACUUUCCCAGAAGAACUUAAUGUUAGACAACUUGAAGGUGGAAUACCUGACUAAAGUAUGAUCUAAUUCUUACAUGUUUUAGGGUUGCAAAAAGCAAAGUUAUUAUUGGGAGAUAUAGUAAUAUGUUCUUGGUUUCCUUUUAAAAUAGUCAGAGUUUUGGGACAUACUGUACUAAAAAACUGAGGGUGGGUUUUGUGGGGGGGAAGGUGGGGUAGAUAAAUACUCUUCAUAAUAUGUAUUGUUGGAAAGAUACUACCCUCAUUUUUAUAUAAUUCUGGGCAUCAAUUAAAUUCUCGUUUCUUUUCUGCUGCCUGAUUAUCUGUUUUAGAUCGAAGAACUGGAAGAAAAACUUAAUGAUGCUCUCCAUGAGAAACAGCUGCUAUCUUUACGACUAGAUAACCAGUUGGCCUUACAGCAAGAAGAUGCUCGGUAUGAGAAGGAAGAAUUCGGAAUCAGUGUAUUCUAAACACAGAAGUGGGACCUAAAUCAUAAUUGACGGUUAAAUAUUUUUGCAAAUUUUGUGUUACGCUAUGCAUUUGUGUUUCAGAUCUUUGAGCACAGACAUAAUGCCAAACCAUGGUUGAUUUUUGUAAAUAAAUGGCUAGUUCUUCAGAUCUGUGUGCUCCCUUCUCCUCCUACAUGCAGAGAUUUUCUCCUCCACAUUCCUCAGUUUGAAGAAGAUCAGAAUUUUGUUCAACUGAAAAUGAGGCUUGGAAGCAAUGGUGAAACUCUUAAUUUCCAAUCCUAGUUUGCAGAGUGAACGCAAUCCACAGUUUACUGUUUUGAGCUAACUAUGGUUUGCUUUAAACCUGGAAAAGAUGGAGGAAAUUGCUGUCUGUUUGGAGACAACGCAGCUUCUGAGCCAAUUUUCAUGCAUGUAACCCUAAACUAUGGUUUGGCAUUUCUGAACGACCCCUUUAUUUAACACGUGCAAAUUGUUGCAUAGAUUCACUGUACGGUCUCUGAAAAACUGAAUUCAAAGGAAAUGAAACAUGUUUCUAGGAUAAAUUUAUUUGGGUAAAUCACAAAUAAUUUGUUGAUGUGUUUUCUUAGAAAACAUCAAGAACUAAUGAAACAGGAAAUGGAAACCAUCUUGCUGCGCCAGAAGCAGCUAGAAAAGAAUAACCAUCAGUUGAGAGAGCGGUCCGGAGAUAUUCGCCGCAGCUUGCGUGACCUUGAAUUGACUGAUGAGUGCUACACCAAACUCAAAUCUGUUUCAGAAGAUGAACUUUCAAUUCCUGAAUAUGUAUCUGUAAGUACUUGUGCCCCAUCAGAAGUGUAAAUCUAUCACUGCUAGAGAUAAUGGAGAUGGAGCUAACUGUUGGGACAAGAAAAUGAAUAAAUGAUGCAAACUCCUAUGCAUGUUGUGGGUGGGAGGAAUGAACUUCAAGGAUCACUGUAUAAAUGUCAGCAGGUUCUGGAAAAAUGUGAUGAUGGAUGGAAUGUGAAGUUGAAUGUUUCCAUUAAAAAAACAACACCUAGGGCAGAAUCCGGUGUUGUGCAAAUGCACUUCUGCUCCUGCAAAACAACUUCACUUUCCUCUUGUCCUCUUACACGCCCCCCCCCCGGAACCCUCCCAAGAGGAAGGUGAAGUCCUCUUGGCGUGAGUGAAAGUUCAUGGACAGCAUUGGAUACAACCUGUAAUUUCUUAGCAUCUGCUCUUCUAGCAUUGACAUGGUUUUCACUACUUAAUAAUGGCUUUCACUGGUAUUCAUAAUAUGCCAGUCUACAACCUUUUUUAGCUUGAGGGCAGCCUUCCAGAAGAGACUUGUUUGUGGUGGGCAGUGCCAGAGGCAAAAGUAUGGUAGGCUAGCUUUACACACACACACACUCUAUUUAGGCAUCAAGAGCCAUUUUCGGAGUUCAGAGAUGCUCUCAGCCAGGAAAAAAGCAUUUGGGGUGUGAUCUGGGGCCACUGAAAGGUGUGAUCUGCAGAGAGGGAGUGUAAUUUACGGUUUCAAGAGCCAGACAGCGAGGACCGGAAGGCCGCAUUUGACCCCUUGACCUAAGGUUCCCCACCUCUUGUCCAAAUAAUACAUCAGUACAUUCUGUGUUUUGCUUAAUUUACAAGGUAGCAUCCAGAUCUGCGUUGUUGAUCUUGUGUCCCUUCUUUUCAGUAAGCACAGCAGUAAAUAGACACAGCAUAUAAUAUAUUUUCACACCCAAGAUCUCAUGAUGAAACAUGGGAGCUGAAAUAUUGCCUCUGAACUUUGGGCCACCUAAUUACCGUAUUUUUCGCCCUAUAGGACGCACUUUUUCCCCUCCAAAAAUGAAGGGGAAAUCUGUGUGCGUCCUAUGGGGCGAAUACAGUCUUUCGCUGAAGCUUGGAGAGCGAGAGGGGUCGGUGCGUACCGACCCCUCUCGCUCUCCAGGCUUCAGGAAGCUAUCAGCAAGCCUGGGGAGCCCACAGGAGUUCCCGCAGGGCUCCCUAUGCUGCGGAUAGCAGCCUGCCGCCCGGCGCGCGGGGCACCCUGAAGCAGAGCGCCCCGCGCGCCGGGCAAACAUCCGCAGCCUGGGGAGCCCUGCGGGAGUUCCCGCAGGGCUCCCUAGGCUGCGGAUAGCAGCCUGCUGCAGACAUCGGCCAGCCCCACAAGCUCGGGGGACAGCGGGGAGGCGCAGCGCCGCCAUCCUGCUGUUCCCCGACCUGGUUUUGGGGGGGAAAUAAAUGAAAUUUUUUUCCCCUUUAUUUCCCCCCCAAAAAACUAGGUGCGUCCUAUGGGACGGAGCGUCCUAUGGGACGAAAAAUACAGUAAUUAUCGUCUCAUGAUAGACACCUAUUAUCAGUAGGUAGAUGUAAGAAGCGCCUGAAAUUCAUUCUAACUUUUGUCAUUUUGUCUCUAGAUAGUCCUGUAGAUGUUUGACAAAAUAUUGUAAUGGAAUUCUAAGGGCAUAUGUUUUAAGUUAAUCUAGGAGUCCCUGGUUUAAGAAAAUGUUUUUAGGAUCUCAAUUCUGAGGCCUUGAUAAGAAUAGAAUAGAAAUGCUUUAUUGUGCAUUUUAUACUUAAUAAAAGCAUUUAGAAGUUUGAAGGUAAAUUUACCAGCAUUAAUUGUGUGGUUGUAUAGUGCUUAGUGUAUUUUAAAUGUGUACUUUAUUUUAUUCAUGCAGAUUAAAAAAAGUGUUUGCCAAAAAGCUCACAGUUGAAAUGAAGUCAAGGUGAAGAAGGAAGUGGGUAUAAAAUAUUAAUUCUUUUACACUGAAGAGUAAUAAUUAUGUUUAUGCUUCAUGCAUUUCAGAUUAUAUUUUAUGAAGCAGUACAUCCUUUAAAAAAGGAGCUAAAUGAACUACAGGUAAAGAAGGAUGCAGCAUCUGAAGAACUGAAUGAUUACAAAUCUCAGUUGAAACACUUGAUGGAGGUUUGUAUGCCAUUUGUUUAAAAAAACGAAAAACAAACCUAUUUUAGAAAUAGCAACCUGUUCAGUGGGAUUUACUGCCAGCUAAGACUGCAGUCUUAACCAUGCUUACCUGGGAGUUAGCCCCAUUGAAUUCAGUAGGAUUUACUUGUGAGUGAACGUGGCUAGGAUUGUACUUUUUGUGUGCAUAAGACUGGAGGCUUAAUCUCCUGGGCUUGUCUUGCAGUAUAAACCUGGCUCUGCUGGUCUGUUUUUCCCAGUGGGUGUUACAGGUUUAAAAUGCCUGAUGCAGUUCUUUUCAGGGAGAGUUUCCCAGGUACUAGAGCAAAGGUGAGUGUUUAGUAGAAUGUCUGCUCUCUCUUUCAUGAAUCUAAUGAUAUCUUUAUAAUGCAUUAAGGUAUCUUCCUGGAAAACAUUUAGUGAAAAAGAAAUCUUGACUAAGCAAUAAGAUGCCAUUUGGGCCCGUUGUUCAAAAUGCAGGAUGUGAACUUUAAAGUUAUACAGAAUUCUUCUUCAAGUUAGAUACUUAUGGAAAAUUAAAAAUAGAUAUUUCUUUACCAGUACAUGGUAGUAUGUUGUGUUUAGUUUCAAGAUGGAGAAAAUUAGUUGUUUGUUAAAGCAAGCUCAACGGUCAAGUUUCAGGUCACACAAAGCCUUUUUGCAUUAAGAUGGGAUCAUAAAUGGUUUCAUGAGGAUUAGAACAAGCUGAAACUCCCUAGAUUUCAACAUUGUCUCAACAACUGUUUCUAAGUGUUGGGUGACAAUGGCUGUACUUUAUUCUACUUAAAGUGUAAUAAGCACUUUCGUGAGCCAAUGAAUACAUUGUACAAACACACAGAAUGACAAAUGACAACAUGAAAUUCCAAAGCAACUCAUAACUUGCUGCAGACUUCUGAUCUGUGUCUAAGAGGAAUCUUCAAUAAAUAAAAUGUCUUGAGAGACAGAUGCAGCAAUUAUUAAAUGUGAACAUUUCCUAUUUCUUACCACUUGGUGUCAGUAUCAACUCAGCAGUAAACAAUCCCUGGAGAUUAAAGAAAUUGAUACCUGAGAAUGCUAAUCAGAGAAAGUAGAGGAUAGUGAGCAUUUGAGUGUUUGGGUUUCUCUGGCAAGAAAAUACAAAUGAAAUCAAUCAGCUUUCACAGUGAUGUGAAUUAGGACCAAUUCCCAAAGUAUUCUUUGCUCUAGCCAAGCACGCCCUCCUAAAAUAUAUUUUCUUAGAUUAUGUAUCUGUUAAAAGAAUGUACUAAACCAGGUUGAUCUCUUCAGUGUUUCUUCUUCUUUGGGGCUCAUCCAUAACCUGAAAGAAGAAACCUGAAUAUUGAAAAUAAGACUGUUUUAAGUCUGGCUCUCUGGUACCUAGAAAAAAAAUUCUGGAGGAGAAGGUUUAUUUUAUCCUGUAUUUUAAUAGGAAGAUAGGUAUAGCUGAUCCCCAGAAGUAAAGUGAUACCCAAAACACAUUGGGGCUAUUAUGCUUCAUUCUUUAUUUUCUUGGGGUUAUUAAACCUCUAAGCAAGAGCGUUUUCCUAUGAAGAAAUGCUGAGUUGGGAACACAGCAGGUUUGUAAAAGUGUAAAUGGCUGAAGAGAAGAGGAGGGAUUUCUCUCUCUAAUUCUCAUCUAAGUUGAAUUGCAGGGGGUUCAGUUCCGAUAAAUGUAUUACUUGUACAUACAGACACACACUUAGCACUACUUCAGAAUAGACUCUCUUGUCUAUUAUCUCAUUAUCCUUAAAGGAACUCCUGUGAAACUAUCAGAAAAACUGUAAGGGUCUUUCAAGUAUUGCAAGCCUGUCACAUUUGUUCAAACUUGUUGUGACUAGCCAGUUUUGCAGCACUUAGAUUUGGAGAACCUUGCCUUAUAAGGGAAAUGAAAAAGAAGUAUAAAACAACUAGUUUUUCAGGGCUUAAUAAAUCCACCUGCUUUAGUAGUGAUUCAUCUACCUCGACAGGUGGAAAAUUGUAUACUUAGCUAUAAGCGUAAAUAGCGUGUUGUGACACCAGUGGAUUUUUUUUUUUAAUGCUGGUUACAGACUUUUUAAGUUCAAUACUGUCAUAUGCACUUGCCCCAGAUCACUAAAAUUUAGUCCUCUGCAUUUGGCCUGUGAGACCAUUUCAGCCAAGCCACACCCACCUGCCCUACAGCUGACAUCGCAUAUGACAUCAGGUUCAGGGCUAGUAAAGACUUGUCUCAGGUAAAAGAGGUGUGUGCCUGAAAAAUGCUCCACAAGGGGCUCCAAAAGACCUGGCGGUCAACCGAUAGUCGGUCUUGCAGAAUGCUCUGAAAGGCGCUUUUGAGACUGUGCUCCACAUGGUUGGAUUUCAAACUGCCCCACGGGGAGUGGGAAGAGAUAAAAGAUUUAGCUAUUAGCUACUACUGGUCCAAUUCAAUUCCCUUUCACUACCCAGAACAAGGUAAAAGAAUGCAUAGGGUAGCUGAACUGAUGGUGAUGACGGGGUGCAAGGAAAACAAUACAUCGAAAUCUAGAGCACUCCGUGGAUUUUGUACAGAGUCAACUUUUUGAUAUAGCUCAAGAAAUUAUUUUAAACCACCUUGCUGGUAGCAUGGGGAGUUGUUGACAUUGUGAAGAUGAUAGAGAUAUGUCUCUAAAAAUUCAAGAAAAAGCACAAUACUUUAAACAACUUUAGACGUUGCUAAAUCAUAUUCAUAAGAUCUGAUUAAUUUUAAAAUGGCAAGGAUGAUACAAAGACAACAUAAAGAAAUUGAUGGGAGCUUGUUUAACAAAUCCCUGUAGCAAGUGGUAGCGGUUUGCCGAAAUAACAUACAACUGGAUUUAGUGAAAGAAUGAGAAACUAAUACUGAUCUCUAUAAUGGAAUGUGCCAGGCAAAAACUUGCCAUUUUACUGAGGCAUUUGGCCUUUAGGUUGAAAUAUUUUAAAGUAUUUGUGGUCUCUUUUGGUAAGGCAGGAUCUGCUAUACCUGUCUUUUAAUGGUAUAGCUAUUUUUUAAGGUAUGUGUUGAUUGUGUUCAUGGUAAUGUGCUUUAGCAUUUCCAUUUGCCUCAUUUAGGAUAGUAAUAGAUUUGUCUGCAUUGGUAGAUGGGCGGGGUAUAAAUAAUAAAUUAUUAUUAUUAUUAUUAAUUGGUAUGAACGCUCUGCGUGCCUGUCGUAGCUAUAAAGAUCUUGAAACUAUGUUAGCAGUAAUGCUAAUGGAGGUACCUUUACGGAUGUUAUAUCUGAUGCAAACUUAGUGUGGCUAGUUGUCUCCUUAUUUAGACUUCCAGAAAGGACUUCUGUCUUAGUGAAAAGGUAUUAGAUACAGAGAAACACUGGCAGAAGGGUGUUGGUAAAAGGUGAUUUCCUGCCUCCUCCCAAGGCCACAAGAACCAAUAGAAUGGGGCGGCUGUAGCAUAGACAGCUGAGGAAGAAAGGAAAUAAAAGUUGCACCCACAGAAGGUGCCUCCAUCUGAUUCCCGCCCCCCAUUCUUUCCACCCAUUCUCCGCAUCCUGCUCAGCCUCCUGUGCCACAACAUAUCUCAUUCAGCAGGUUUGGGGGGCUGAGUGGGGAAAGCAGGAAAGUCACUUUCCACUUGCUUUUCUGCUGCCAUAUCUCAAGACUGAAUCCAAUGUAAUACACUCCUGUCUUUUUAAUUAACAAAAUGGUCUUUGUAACCUACCGUAUUUUUCGCUCUAUAGGACGCACCCGACCAUAGGACGCACCUUGUUUUAGAGGGGGAGAACCAGAAGAAAAAAAUCUCCCCCUCUCUGCUCAGCGCCCCUUCAGUGAAGCAGCCGGAGAAACGGAGUCCCUUCCAUUUCUCCUCCCGCUUCGCUGAAGGGGCACUGUGCACCUCUCCCUCUCUGCUGAAACCAGGAGAGUCUUGCUCUCCGAAGCCUCCGGAGCACAGCGGGAGCUCUCGCUCUCCAGGCUUCAGCGAAAGCAACGCGAAGCCUCUGGAGCGCGGAAGGAGCGCUCCCUCUGCGCUUCGGAGGCUUCGCAUUGCUAUCGCUGAAGCCAAGGAGCCUGCAUUCGCUCCAUAGGACGCACACACAUGUCCCCUUAAUUUUUGGAGGGGAAAAAGUGUAUCCUAUAGAGCGAAAAAUACGGUAUGUCUGAAGAACCAGGACUUUUUUGCAGCCAAGAACUGAGUUCCGGCACAUCUUUUGUGCGUUCCGGCAAAGCUCAACAACUUUUGUUCCGGCACCUCUUUUUGUAGGAAAAAAAAGCCCUGUGAAGAACCAUGUAUCAACUUCUGGAACCAAGUAUGGCUGUGUGUUCAUCUUCCUUGCACUGCCUUCCCCCAACAUGCCCUAUGGCGACCCCCUUUUUAAACUGACAGAGUUUGUAAGACAAUUGAUCAAAGGGAGGAAUUAAAAAUGCCAAGGGCUGUGGCCGAACACUUUUGUGUCCAUGGUAUAUUUAUCUGAAUCCCAGCCUCUUAUUUUCACAUUAAAUAGUGGUGUGGUGUUUGUUUUGCAGAACUAUGAAGCAGAGCGAAGAAAUCGGUCAGAACUAGAAGUCAGAUGUCAGCGUUUAACACUUGAACUAGCUGAUACGAGGCAAAUGAUUCAUCAAGGAGAUUAUAGACAAGAGAAUUACGAUAAAGUAAAAGGGUAAGUGUGUCGUUAGUAAAGAAAAUUAUAGAAGGAGCUCUCAUAUUGACUUGGAUCAAAGGUAAUGGGUUAUAUCCAAUGGUGCCUGUGAACAAGGAGAAUGUUCCAAUAAGUAUCUUGUCUUGUACUGUGGCUACUUUGAGCUAGCAAAGAAGGGUGGAUGCUUGGAGACCACCAAACAUGUUUGGAACUAUAAAACAAGAGAAUGAGUGUAUCAACCAGGGAGCUUUGCAGGGCUUUUGCAGAUUGUUGCUGUGUUACACAAGCAUGGGAAAGUGAUGACACUGCAUUUUGCAAUGUGAAAUGAUAUAAAAGCGCAAGGAAAAUGAGAUUCUUGAACUCAGCAGGGUCCAAAUUAAUGUACACAAGACUUACUGUAACUUAAUUUGGGCUCCGCUGAUGAAAGAAUAUCUGAAGGACUGUUGGUGUUAGAUUUGCACAGGAAGCAUAGAUUACAGAAGCAGUCAAGGGUUUGAGGGGGACAUUAUUUUAUAGUACUCUCAUUUUCCCCCCCAACAGCGAGCGUGAUGCAUUUGAACAUGAUUUUUCAGAGCUUCGAAGAAAAUAUGAAAUAUUGGAAGUAUCACACAAAGCACUAACCAAAGAAAGAAAUGAUUUAUCAAAAGAGGUGAGAUCUUCAUAUCUAAUUUGACAUUUAUCCGAAACAUUUAUUCAAAAUGUACAAAGGCCCAAAUUAGAAUUUUCUCCCCCCCCCUUUUUUUUACACUUAUAUUUGAUAUAUACCUGGAGUAGUUUACUGCAGGCACCCCCAAACUCGGCCCUCCAGAUUUUUGGGACUACAACUCCCAUCAUCCCUCACUAACAGGACCAGUGGUCUGGGAUGAUGGGAAUUGUAGUCCCAAAACAUCUGGAGGGCCAAGUUUGGGGGUGCUUGUUCUACAGAGUUUGGAUCUUUAUGGUGCAACAAACUGCUUGUCAAUCCAGUUCAUGAGCUAGGCAUCCCUUCUUUGCCAAUCUCUUUCCAAAUAUUAACUGCCUGAAACUCCACCAGCCAUCCUUUGACACGUAGCUUUCUUUGAUUCUGCCUUUUAGGAGUAUCAAACAGCGUUAUCAUUGUUCAUGAUUUAGAUACCUCCUUCUUUUGUCACCUCUUUGCAGUCACACCUAAUAGGUUCUGUGCCUACCCAGAACCACAUUUGGGAAACUCGGAGAGUGAAAGGAUGUGUAUUCUUCUUCUGGUAUUUCUUGAAUAACUGAGAUUCACCAAAUAGUGUUGUUUCUAUAGAAUGGAUAAGGGAGAUGCAAAGGAAUCUAUUUGAAUCCCAUCAUUUCACUGCUGAAAUCUAUAUAUCAAGGGGGGGAAGCAUGUGGGUGAGGGGAAGAACAAAGAGACACUCAGCUGUAAAACAUAAUAAAAUUUAUAAAUUUUGAUUAUAAUUUGUAUAUAGGCAAAUUAUUUGUAUAUAAUUUUGUGUAUAAAUGAUACUUUUUUAGACUUGGAAUGAGUCAUACAGUGGUACCUUGGUUUAAGAAAAGCUUAGUUUAUGAACAACUUGGAUUAAGAACGCUGGAAGUAGGUGUUUUGGUUUGUGAAUUUUGCCUUGGAAGCAGAAUAUGUUCCGCUUCCUGUUGAGUGUGUUCCAUUUGUAAGCUGAGUCCCCCGCUGCUAUGGGAAAGCACAUCUUGGUUUAAGAACGCUUUGGUUUAAGAAUGGACUUCCAGAAUGGAUUAAGUUUGUAAACCAAGGUACCACUGUAUAUAUAAAUUACAUUGUACUGCAUGCAGGGAUAAACAGUGUGCUGCCACAGCAAUAUAUGUACCUAAAGAGCAAGGAAUGAGUACAAAUGCAAAUCUAGGUUGUUCAGCUAAGAGAAGUGUGUCAUCCAUUGCAAUGAGGAGAUUCAGAAUUGCAUCUUGUUUGCUUAAACCACCCUGGAAGCUCUGUUAAAUAUAAAUAUUCACAGUGGUACUCAGCUAAGUCAUACAGAGUUGAGCAAUUGAAAUCAGGGGGUGGUAGUCAACUAAGUUUUACUCAGAAUAGACCCAUUAAAUUUAAUGGAAUAAUUUAGUUGUGCUCAUUCAUUUCAGAGAGUUGACUCUGAGUAAACCUUUGUUGAAUACUACUCAGUGACCUUGCAUCCAACAGUUUCAGUGGAUCCACCCUGAGUGUGACUAACAUCUAUAAAUCUUUUAAAUAAAAUAAGAAAAAACUCUAACCUGGGAGGUGGGGGUUGUACUGCAGACUGCCUGAUUUUAUCAUAGCUAUUUUGUAUAUAAAGGUUGCAGCUCUACAGCAGUCUGUUACCUUACUGCAAAAAGAUAAGGAUUACCUCAACCGUCAAAACAUGGAGCUUAAUGUUCGCUGUGCUCAUGAAGAAGAUCGCCUUGAAAGGCUUCAGGUUCAGCUAGAAGAUGCUAAGAAGGCCAGAGAAGAAAUUUAUGAGAAAUAUGUCACAUCCAGGUACACAGUUCUGUUAAUUCAUUCAACAAAUGAUUCAUGGCAGUAGACUAUUGUUGGGUUGGACAAAAUUAUUUACAGUAAACAUAAUGUUUUUGGUCAGUUGAUCCCCAGAAACAAUCAGUUGAAAUCAAAUUAUGUUGUAGUGUUCUCAGGUUUUAGUUUCUACAUACAGAAAAAUCUUAAAGCAGCUGUGAGACCUUUAUAAAACUUAAAACAAUAUUUUUACAUUAUCACUAGAGGAUUUACAGUCAGAAAUUAAGCCUGUUAAUAUUUUCCUCAGGUUGCACUAUAUUACUAAAACUAAGACUACAGCGGUACCUCUGGAUGUGAAUGGGAUCCGUUCCAGAGCUCCGUUCGCAUCCUGAAGUGUACGCAACCCGCGUCUGUGUGCGCGCGGGUCGUGAUUUGCCACUUCCACGCAUGAGCGUGACGUCAUUUUCAGCGUCUGCGCAUGCGCAAGCGGCGAAACCCGGAAGUAACACACUCCGUUACUUCUGGGUUGCCGCGGAGCGCAACCUGAAAACGCUCAACCCAAAGCUACUUCAACCCGAGGUAUGACUGUAUUAAGGUAAAGGUAAAGGGACCCCUGACCAUUAGGUCCAGUCAUGACCGACUCUGGGGUUGCGGCGCUCAUCUCGCUUUAUUGGCCGAGGGAGCCGGCGUUUGUCCGCAGACAGCUUCCGUGUCAUGUGGCCAGCAUGACUAAGCCGCUUCUGGCGAACCAGAGCAGCACACGGAAACGCCGUUUACCUUCCCGCUGGAGCGGUACCUAUUCAUCUACUUGCACUUUGUGCUUUCGAACUGCUAGGUUGGCAGGAGCUGGGACUGAACAACGAGAGCUCACCCCGUCGCAGGGAUUCGAACCGCCGACCUUCUGAUCGGCAAGUCCUAGGCUCUGUGGUUUAACCCAUAACGCCACCUGCCUCCCAUGACUGUAUUAUGAUGCCUUUAAUAUUUGAUUAAACAAUCCACUCUAGUUUAAAAAAUCUUCAAGUAGCUUAAGAUCAGUGAUACAAUAAUGUUUUAUUUUGCAUCAUUAGUAGUAAAGCUCCUGCGGACUUAUUUGCAAUUCUAUAGCAUGUCACCAAUAUCAGUACAAAAUAACUUACAUAUGAAAGGGAAUAUUUGUGAAUUCUGAACGAGUAUUGGUUCAGUUGGUAACAACAUAUAUGCAGGAAUCUGCUACUGCUUAAGGGAUGGCAACUCUUCUUAUCAUUUUAGCUAGUAGCUGAGCUCAGGCUCGGGUUGGCAGUAGGCCAAAAGGAAGACGUAUAUAACAGAGAGCAGUUCUUUUUAUCUAGGAGUAAAAAAGCAAUGGUUCUUCUCAGUCGGUGAGAUCCAACAUCACAUUUUCUUCUGAGGGUCCCCCCAACCCAACCUUGGAGGCAGAAUGGGAAGUCCUGGUUGCACAUGCAGAAUGCCACCGUUUGAUAAAUCUUACUGGGCGAUAAGCAACUCAAAAGGGAUAAUACAAAGAAAGCUGCAGGUUUUUUUUUAACUUGCUUUGCUUUUUUUUUAAUAAAGAGACCAUUACAAAACAGAAUAUGAAAACAAACUGCAUAAUGAAUUGGAACAAAUAAGGCAGAAGACAUCUCAAGAAAUACAACAGCUUCGAACAGCUACAAAGGAAAUGUAUGAACGUGAAAACAGGUGGGUAACUACUUUUAGAAAUAUUGGAACAUAAAAACAAAUAAGGAAGGAAAAUACCUUGCAUUUGGUGCUUGAUAAUUCUGAAACACAUUUUAGAUCCUCAUUUUUACUCAUCACUAUGGCUUCUCGAAGCUACCAACAUGAGCUUGACCAAACUGCGGGAGGCAGUGGAAGACAGGAGUGCCUGGCAUGCUCUGGUCCAUGGGUCACGAAGAGUCAGACACGACUAAAUGACUAAACAACAACAACAUGGCUUCUCUCUGUGCCAGCAUUGGUCUAGAAUGCACCCGGAAGAGGCUAUGUUGUGGAUUUGUCUCCCGUGACCCUCGUUUCUGAUGACGAGGCACACUGCAACAGUUCCCACACCAAAAUAUUUUUAGUUGGAAUAGCAAAAGCAACCUUCUAUUUCAUUCACAUGUAAGACAGAUCAUGCUGUAUCAUUAAUGAGCCACAAUGAGCCUUCAGCUCAUUUUUAGAAGUCUUACUUUCUGUCACUCCUUGUUACCUUCAAAAUCCUUUUUUUCUAAAAUCCCUCUUUUUGACAGUGGUGGCAGAGCUAAUGGAAGUUCAGAACACGGUGCUGCCUCUGUGAGAGAAUAUGAUCAAACUCUUCUAUAUAAUAAUCAGGUUCUUAUGUGUGUGCAUGGUUCCUGAAAUAAGAACAUACAAAUUAUGACAGGUAGUAAUGCAAACAGAAUGCAACAGGUUUGUGCAAUCAACUGCAUUUGCAUGGAAUGAAGUUUUAGGUUUUAAAUAGCCUUAUGUUGACUUGUGAAAGCUAAAGAACUGAUACGUAGUAUUUAGUCCUCAUUUCACUUCUCCUUCUCUACCACCAGUCAGGUAAAUUAUACCAACUACUUAUUGCAUCACUGGGGUUAACAGAAAGUUUUGCUUCCCAUGUACAGACUUGUAUUGUGUUACAUAAAGCAGCUUUAAGGUCUGUUUGUUUAUGGAGGUUUGACAGAUGUAAAAAUGUUUGCAUGCAAAAUAGCUAAAAAUAUUGGUCUGGAACCAGUUGGCAGAAUUUUUGUUCUUCAUCUUGAAGUUAUGGUUUCUUUACUGCCAAUUCCUGAAUGUCUUUAUGAUAUAAAAGAACAUUUGUGAAUAAGAAUCUUGAAAACAAUGCUUUAUUUUUAUCCCUGUUGGGACAAAAAGGGUGUGGUAAGCCAGUGAAUCAUUAUAUUUCUGUUCUUAAACUCACACACGUUUUCUGUUGUUUAAUGUAGCUAUGUUCUUUGAAAAUUUGUAUCGUGUUGUGAAACUCAAAGCCAGUUCUGCUUGUAGGCCUCUGAAGUGACUAUCAAAGCUGUCACACUAUAGUUGUUCAACUCUUACACACCAUUCCUAAACCUGCUAACUGGAAAACAAAUGUGAUUGAAAACUGUGAGUUACAUUUGCAUAGACACAUUCUAGAUUGGGGUGUUAAUCAUUCUGUCUCUGCUUAUUUCCAGCACUUCUCUACAUAGUGCUUCUCUAGACAAACACGCACUCUAUUUUUCCACAACCCAGUACACUGCUGCAACAUGCAAUCCUUAGGCCACAUAAUUACGUUCGGAUGCUUGGCAAAUGUCAACUUUUGCAGAGCUGGAACUUGCUUUUAACCCAACUUGCAACAUUCUAUACUCUUCAUUUACCACCAGCACCACCCUUCUCAGACAGAGUAACGGCAACAAAUACAAUGGCAAUAAAAUGGUGGAGGCUACAUUGAUAGGACCAGAAGGAAAUAAUGGCACAUUGUUACAGGCUGGAGUUCUAGGGCUGCCUAGCCUACAGCUACUGGGUUCCCUCCACUUGGAAGGACAAUCACACAAGCAUACUGACAGACUCUUGGUUGGGUUAACUUUGAACAAGGGCUAUGGUUUUCCUUGAUGGCAGCAGGUUAAAUUUAAUUGAGAAGGAGUGGAGCAUGAUUCACACAAGGUACAGUGGAGAUGUAACAGGGCCCUGAGGAGACAGGUGCUUCUGACACAAAGAGAGGCAAGCAAAACUGAGGAGAAGAAAAGGCACUAAGACAACUGGGGAGGGAGAAACCACAGGAGCUCUCUUCUCCCUGACUAAGGCACAUGAAGACACAAUGACACAAUGCACAGACAAAAGAACAGGAUAUGGUGUUUGGAAGAUCUGCUUCAAGCAGGAAACUGACUCCAGAGGAGGGAGACAGAACAACUCCUUUGGAGUGACAAUGCUUCCCGCUUUUGAAUGCUAGGGGAGACACAAUCCCACUUGUAGGCAUCUUAGGGCCCAGUCAGAAACACCUUUCAGGUAAGACUAGCAGUCCCAUUUCCAGCACCAGUUUUGAAAUAAUGAGGUGACUUUCAUACAAACAGACUUUCAAAUUACAUACAUGAGCUUGCGGGAAGAAGUCAAUCAACUCAAGGAACAACAGUUUUCUGCACUGAAAACAACAGAUCUAGUGACAUAAGCUGAGGUGGACUUUAGUCCCCAAAAAAAGAACAUGCUCUUGAGAAAGUAGCUGCUAUGGAUCAAUAUCUUUACAUAGCAGUUCAAGGAUGUAGCAGAAGAGUCUUCAACUCCUUUAGAAGUUGCAGGAAUCAUUUUAUCAGUGCAUGAUCUUUAAAGAAAAGUGUUAGGUUCUUUGCAACUAUAGCUUUUGCAAGAAUAGCUAUAAUAAAUCCCUUGCAAACAGUAUUCCCAGCUAAAGUAAUAUUUCACUUUGUAUCAUUUUGUAAGCCUUUUCUGACAGGCCUGUGUUACCUUUUCAGCCAGUCUCAGGACAGUCAGCAUCUAAUAUAAUAUGAAUAGAUAGAAAAAUCCUUAUUUACACUCAACCCAUCAUACUGUCGCCAGUUAAAGUAGACUUGACUGGGCAAGAUUACCUAAUGAUGUAACUCAGUAUAAGGCAGCUUCAUAUGUUCAUAAAACAUAUGCAAAACACUCAACAUCAUGCUGCUGGAAAAUGGGCAAAAUGAUUAAAGGAAGGAAAGAGAAUAAGCUCACUGUUUUUUGAGGAAAGAAGGCGGAACCCAGAAAGUUUGUCUCCUUAGCUCAUUAGCAUUACAUAUAUUUGUGAAAGAUACAGAAUGUUUUGCUGACAUAAAGCCAUAUGCAUUAGAUCCUUUUCCAAGGAUAAUAUAAGAUCCCUUUUUCUGGUUUGAGGCAAAGCAAAUUUCUCUCAAGGGAUUGUUAUAACAUCCCUUGCAAUGUUCUUGAAGAUGCGUCUGGGCUUAUAAAUGUUGCGUUGAGCCAUUUUACACAUAUUACAAAACAGCAAACCUAGAUUUGACACUGAGUGCAAAGGCAUUAUUGGCACCCUACUGAGUGUUACAUGUUUGCAAAUAACUGUUUGUUGCAUUCAAUGUUACUUUCUUUGCAUUUAAAAUACUUUAAAGUGUACACUUAGAAAAUGUGAUGUGUGAAUCAAUCCUAGUAAGAUUAAGAAUCAGAGUAGGAUGUACACCUAAAAAUUUACACAAAUGCACCUGAAGUGACUUAGAGGAUACAUAUUUGAUUGUUCAUUUAAUGAAUGCGCUGCUGUUCUAUUUAUUUAUUUGUUGUUGGAAAUAUACAAAUCAGCCUUGUCACAAUGGAAAGUGUUCCUCAGUUGCAUCUCACUUGAUAUUUUUGAAUCCCUUUGUGUUUUUAGUUUCCCUGUUUCUUGUUGCUGUUGUUCACUGGCUUAGUUGUAGUUUCCCCAUUAUUCUUAUUUGGCAGAUGAGCACACACCAUUAUUCAAAGAAAGUAAAAACAGACCUAACCAUCUAUAACUUUUGACCAUAAAAUGUUUUCCUCUGAGAAUUUAUUUUAUAUUUUAGAUACAGACCACUUUAAAAUGGUAAAUUGUUAGGAAAAUUCUCCUCAUGAAAUGGUAUUUGAAGGCCUGUACGACAUUUGUACAUAAGGCAACAGAGUCUGACUUUUUCAUCUUGUAGUAGUUACAUAAAUCUGCACCACUUUUAAAUUUUCUGUUUUAUAGGCAAGGGAUGUUAAUAGUAAAAUCAGUGAGGCGGUGUUUGGGAUGAGGGUGAACACCACCCCAAUCCUGGCCAGUGGUGAGGGAUGAUCCAAUAAAACAUUUGGGGGGUGCCAGAAUGGAGAAGGUGGAUCUAAAACAUAAUUGUCAUGAAGUGUUUCAUUUGAUUAUUAUUUUACACCAUGACAUCUAGCAUACCACAUCAGAAUAAACAGCAUUCGCAUGAAAUAUUUACCACAUGACAAUGAUAUGGUAAAGUCACUUUGUGAAGCAGCACCCACAUCAAAAAGUAAUGUGAGAAUUGAGCCUAGUGUUUCAAGCUUAAAAGCCUUAUAGCUAAAUGAGAGCUGCUUUUUGAUCUAAAAAUAGCAAUUGUUAAUGCAGCAUUUCUCCCCCUCAAAAGAAACAAUGAAACUUCAAAGGUGAAAUCUCUGAACAACUGCCAUGUUAAAACACAUAUUCAUAAAAUAGGUGAAUAUUUGAUAUUAUGAGCAUAAAUUUAAUAUAGGAGCUAGGGCUUAAGAAAGUUUAGGUCUCAAAUUAGGAAGAACUAAGAAUAGUAGGGCUGUGAUACAAAUAUUUUAGCAUGAAAGGGGUUUUUCAGUAGCUUUGAUAAGCUUUAACAUUUCAGCCUUCAUUCUGGGAACAGUAUGUUCUUCAAUCAGCCAAUCAGAUUUGUGAUGGCAUUACGGAAAACAAGUGAAAUUUAUUCAGAGUGAGGGUAAUUCAUCCUGAAUUGCAUUGCCCUCACUCUGAAUUAGGUUAGUUGCCUCCCGUGAUGUUAUCACAUAGCAACCAAUCAGCACUAUAGACUCAGAAUAUGAGUCUAGCUGGCACCAAUUGAUGGACUACGCAGAAUUAGACAAGCUAACAGGAAGGAUCCGAGACCGGCGGGACCAGAGGUUUACCAAAGACUGGACUAAAUUUACUGAGUAUCUGAAAAGUAUUUGUGAUGAUCAGAUUACGUUUGUAGGACUACAAGAAGUUCUGUGAGGAGUAAUUUAAGAAAUAUUGUAAAAAUGGGAAGGGAGAAAUGAUUUGUUAGAAAAGGUAAAGGCAAUAUUAAGUUAAGAAUUGCAGGAGAAAUAAUCAAGACGGAAGGCUAUCAGAGAUGCUGAAGGAAGUCCAAACAAGGACAUAUGUAUAAUAAUUUGUGUGGUAUGCUUUAAAAAAUUUUGUAUGCUAAAAAUAAUAAAAAAUAUUAUUUUAAAAAAUGAGUCUAGCUGGCACCUGAGUGAGUAAGGGGAUUGCAAUUGUAUUAUUACUACCUACUCUUGAGGGGGGGGGCGUAUUUACCAUAUUUUUCGCUCUAUAAGACGCACCAGACCACAAGACGCACUUAGUUUUUGGAGGAGGAAAACAAGAAAAAAAAAAUCUGAAUCUCAGAAGCCAGAACAGCAAGAGGGAUCGCUGCGCAGUGAAAGCAGCAAUCCCUCUUGCUGUUCUGGCUUCUGGGAUAGCUGCGCAGCCUGCAUUUGCUCCAUAAGACGCACACACAUUUCCCCUUACUUUUUAGCAGGGGAAAAGUGAGUCUUAUAGAGCAAAAAAUACGGUAGUUAUCAGGCAAGGGUAUAAGCCACGAAACACCAAAAUGGUACCACAGUGGUAUACAUUAAAAUAAAUACCACAAUCCUAAACAAAGCAAAAACGCCUAAUUGUUUAUACCGUCUAGAAAAAUUGUUUAUAUUUUAUUGGGUGCUUCACAACCUAUGUCGGUUGCCAGUCUGACCUCAGUGAUAAGUGUGCUUCACAGGGCAGGUGCCACUGUACUGAAAUAGGCAAUCCAGAAUACCAUACAAUGAAUCUCAGGUCCAUGUGACACUACAGAGUUAUAAAAAUGUCUAAAAUUCACACACACACCCCAAUUCCAAGUCAACCCUAAUAAAUACAGAGUAUAUAAAAUGAAGUAUAUGUUAUAUGUGCAUUCCUUUAAAGAAAAAAAGCAUUGUCUACCGGUACAAGGAUUUCUAUAUCAUAGGUCAUAUGCCAUAUUUUGUACAGUAUAGAUUGAAGAUGUAUACCGUAUCUGCCUGUCUGGUUAGAGUUGUUCCAGCGAGGACUUGAGGAAAAUGUGGCGAUGGCCCCUGCCUUGGGUGGGUAAAAAAUAUAUUAGUUAUCUUCACACAUGGUAUCAGUGUAUUAUCAGCUGAUGCUAAUUAUGUUAGGUAAAUGGAACCUUCAUAUAUAUUACACACAAACACACACAUUUGACUCCAGAAAACAGGAGGGGACGGUUUCUUUCAUACCUUGGCAAGAAAAUGCUAGCCUAGAUGGACAAGGAUGUGAUCUGCACAGCAAUUCCACAUUGUGACUUGGGACCAAAUCCAUCUCUUUGGCCUCCUUUGCCCACUUGUGGCUUCACGGUACACUUGCUAGACCCUGUUUGUGGUUUCUCUCCACCCUUCUUGCCCACAGUUUCCAACUAUUUUACCAUUUCCCUUUUUCAUAUAGCCUUCUUCCAGGUAUCUUCUAUCCCCUAUCCUUUAUUGCUAUAGUUCCCUGAUGUUAACUUGUCUUAUCUUGAAGACCUUACCAUUCUGCUUCUCAGCUUUUAGAUGCUAGGUCUUUCCAGUUACUACUAGCAAAAUCUCAUUGCUUCCCUGUUCCUGAGCUCUUUGUGAGUUUCCUUUCCUACACCCCUGCAAAGUUCUACUCUCUGACAGAUCUGUUGCUAUUACACCUACCUUUCAACAAGCCUUCUAAGUGGAGAUCCUUAAUCCCAAUUUGUAUCUGCAUUAGAUUGGAAUCGGUUUUUAUAUAAGUAAUGAAGUUGUAUGGUUUUUAUUGUUGAUGGUGUUGUUAAUCUUUUUGAGAUAUUUCAUAGGAAGCGAUUCAUAAAUGGAAUUAAUAAGCUAGUAUUCUAUCUAUAUACAUAACAGAAGUUUCUAUGAAAUUUUGAGGGGAUUGGUGGACGAAGCAUGGAAAGAAAAACGUACGCACAUAACCAGAUUUCCCCCUGUUGGAGCUCAGUUACAGAAAAACUAGAUCAGUACCAUAACUUGUGAAAAUAUACUAGAGAAUAAAAGGAACAUUUACUCUGAAACACUUUUGAAUUUCAGAAAUUUAAGAGAAGCCAGAGAUAAUGCUGUGACUGAGAGAGAAAGAGCUAUUGCAGCUGAAAAAGAUGCUUUAGGAAAACAUGAGCAGCUUUUAGAACAGUAAGUACGUUCACCUUUCUUUUUCCUUUCACAUUUAUUUAAAAAGAGACUUAAAACAUUUGUACAAAUAAAGUUGAGGUUUCUGGUUUCAAACUACUUGUUCAGAGGUGUCACUGUGCUUGACAGCUUGAGCUUCUCUUUUCACCCUGUCCAGGCUGUCAUAUUUAGAUCUCUGACAAGCUAACUAGUGUAAAUUGUUAUUGGGAGCGAAGAAUUGGAAAAGCCAGGUUUCUAGUAAACCAUUUGAAAAUUUAGCAGAAAAAAGUAAACUUCCCAACGAAUGUAUAUUUGCCUGAACUGUAGUUUGGUAGUUGUUGUCUUUAUUGGCAUCUUGAAUCCAUUAGCAAAGAUUAGAGAUUUCCUUUGGCUCUCCGUGCUAAGCUGUGGAACAUUCUGUUUAUUGACAAUAUGGACAUACUGCACUACAACUGUUAAUUUGUCUGCAUAACAACCUUUUUUAGGUAGUUAACUGCUGUCUCUGUCCCACUCUUUUAGUCAUUCAACCUCAUGGCUCCUUGUUCUUAGCUCCUUCAACCUUAGAGCCCCUUUUCUCACUCAGCUUGCCAGCUGGAAAUUCUUACCAGAUAGGAAGUCAGAAGUCACUUAUUGCUUCAUUCAUAAGGCUGUUAUAUCAGUGUUACGAUAAAAUCUGUGCCACAGCUUUUGACACAGCAGUCAUGCUAUUGAACACUUCUCUUCUCUUGAGAAAGAACUUGGCAGACAGUCUUGGUUUAUUGUCGGUCAUUUUCAUAUUUGUCAUGAGAUUUUCAUAAGACUGCAAGUGGUGACAUAAAAGUGUAGCAUCUUUUAUUACUGACUAACAUCACUUGGCUUUUGAUGUGAAAGUAAAUCCAUUUUGAAAUUUUAUGACAGAUGUUAAUGACAGUUUUGUGCUUAUGUGAAAGCUUUUUAUAUCAGUAAGCUUCUUUUUUAAAGAAUAUAUACUAAUAUGUUUUUGGUCUCUGGUCUCUUUCUAAAGUGUGACAUGUCUUAUUUGAUUUUCUUGCAUAUAAAGCAGUAAAGAGUAUAAAUUAAUGAUUAGGAUGUCUCAACUGAAUUAGGUCAAAAUAAAAUUAUGACAUAUAAGGUUGUUAAUAUAUUAUUAAACUUGAAAUCAGCAUUUCUGGGAAACAUGCUUAUAUGUACGUUGGUUUUUAGCAAAUUGUCCAUUAAAAAUAAUAUCUGUAGUCAUUUUAUCAUUAAACAAAGCACUUCUGGAUUAACCUUGUAUUUUUGCUGACUUUUAUCAAACAAAAACCCGUAUUUGCUCAUGCAAUGUGGCUUCUCCUUCUUCUUCGCUCCCCUGCAGCCAGCUCACCGGUCAGAUUUGUUUGUUUGUGUGUGUGUGCUCGCGCCACAGGGGAAGGGUGCUGGAAGAGGGAAAGGAGAAAGUGGAAGUCGUGAGGCGCCAGGGGAUUUCUAUUGUGCAACUGUGUGGUCAUUGAUGUCAGCCAUUGUUUGCUAACUUGUUUCAUUUCCCCCAUACAUUCAUAUCUUAAAAUAAUUUAGAGCAUAGGUAUCCCAAAGACCCAUGGUCAUACGGAGGGGAGAGGGCAGAACCAAAGGGAAAGGAAGUGUUAAUUAUUUGAAGCCAUCCUGAUUCAACAGGAUUAGAUGUAACAUGCAGCCAAAUCAAUAAAUAACAUUUCUUUGUAUGAGCACGUACUUGGGGUGUUCAGGACUGAUCAAAAAGACAAAAGUGUAUUGUUGCUAACCAAGCCCUAGUUACCAAUGUUGGUAUAAUCUGAAACUUCCAAACAUAUUUGUUUAUACAAAGUAUAUGGAAUGUUGCCUAGCCUGACUGGCAGUUAAGAAAUGCCUCUGGCAAACCAUGUGAUGAAGAGUGUAACUAACACCUAAUUUUCUAGUCAGUGCAAUUAUUAUAACUUUAUUCUGGUGACUAAUAAAUCAGUUUCUUAGUCCAAUACCUGUUUAUAAAACAGAAACAAAAUUAGCAUCAUAAUUGAACAGUAACUCUGCAUAUUUUAAAACUCAAACAUAGAUUUUAAAAUCUGCUCUUUUUAGUUAUACAAUCUUGUCUUUCUCUGAAGUAAUUGAUCGCUUACAUCAGCCCGAAAAGCUGUUUUCUCUGUGCUUAUGCAAUUGCAAAAACUAUUGCUUACGGCGAAUCACAAGUUCCAGAAAAGGAAAAUAUCUGUUGAUGUAAGGUGUAAGGCAACGUAAGGCAAACACUAAUUAGGAAAAAUAAAUUCUUAGCCAGCAAAUGAUUAAUAGGAAACAUACUACCCCAGAACCACCCCAAAAAGGCAAUCCAGGGUUGGGAGACUCUUGAGCAAGGUAUGGCACAGAGGGCUGCAGAUGGAUGGGAGAUCUGGUGUAAAUCAUGGGACCCUUCCUCCUUUGUGCAACUGGAAGUGCUGUCCUGCAUGCACUAAACAUGUUUCAAUCCAAGCUGGUGACCACUUCAUGAGCUAUCAAACUCCACAAUGUGUGUUCAACUGUAAAAAGGUAAAGGGACCAUUAGGCCCAGUCGUGGACGACUCUGGGGUUGCAGCGCUCAUCUUGCUAUAUUGGCCAAGGGAGCCAGCGUACAGCUUCCGGGUCAUGUGACCAGCAUGACUAAGCCGCUUCUGGCAAACCAGAGCAGCACACGGAAACACCAUUUACCUUCCCGCCGGAGCGGUACCUAUUUAUCUACUUGCACUUUGACAUGCUUUCAAACUGCUAGGUUGGCAGGGACUGGGACCGAGCAACGGGAGCUCACCCCAUCAAGGGGAUUCGAACCGCCAACCUUCUGAUCAGCAAGCCCUAGGCUCUGUGGUUUAGACCACAGCACCACCUGUGUCCCCGUGUUCAACUGUAGCUAUGCAUUUAAACAUGUAUACUUUAUAGGUUACAAAUGCAUCACAGACCCCAUCAAAAAGAUGUAGCAUUGUCAUAUGGAAUAUCUUCUUAGAACUUCAAAAUGCAGUGGACCUCCGGAUACGAACUUAAUUCGUUCUGGGAGUCUUUACGUACCCUGAAAAGUCCACAACAUGAGGCACCGCUUCUGCGCAUGCGCAUGGUACGAUAGAGCACUUCUGCGCAUGCGUGUGCGGCGAAACCCAGAAGUAUACACUUUCGGGUUUGCCACGUUCGCAACCCAAAGGUAACGUAACCCGACAGUCCACUGUAAUUGUAAAACUAUGUUUGAAACUGUGGGCAGACUUUUAAGCAUGCUGUUUAUUUUUUAUCUUUAUUUAUUUAUUUCAUAAAAUUUAUACACCACUUGAUUGGGGGGGGAAACCCUUCAAAAAUAAAAGAAGAAAAUCAAGAAAAAUUUACAACAGUACCUUAAAACAGGCAAAAGUUAACAUGCUAAAAGAGAUUAAAACUACCUCAACUUCCUAAGCAUGUAUAAUUGUUAUAAUGCUGUUUGGAUAGUAUGCCUUAUGGACUAUCACUGGACUAGUUAACAUUUAUUUAUUUCUUUAAAAUACCAGUAUACCACAAUUCCAUUAAAAUUAUCAGAGCUGUUUACAACAAUUUUAUAUAUACACACAAACACACACACACAAUUAAAACCACAUAAAAAUUUAAAUAAGAGAUAUAAUAAUAAGAAUAAUAAGAAUAAGAAUAAUAGUAUAUUUUUAACCCACCCAUCUGGCUGGGUUUCCCCAGCCACUCUGGGGAACCACAGCUUCCAACAAAAUAUUAAAAAUACAAUAAAACAUCAGACAUUAAAAACUUCGCCAAACAAGGCUGCCUUCAGAUGUCUUCUAAAAGUCAGAUAGUUGUUUAUUUCCUUGCCAUCUGAUGGGAGGGCGUUCCACAGGAAGGGCUUUCCACAGGGUGGGCGCCACUACUGAGAAGGCUCUCUGCCUGGUUCCCUGUAACUCCACUUCUCACAGUGAGGGAACCGCCAGAAGGCCCUCGGAGCUGGACCUCAGUGUCCAAGCAGAACGAUGGGGAUGGAGACACUCCUUCAGGUAUACUGGGCCGAGGCCAUUUAGGGCUUUAAAGGUCAGCACCAACACUUUGAAUUGUGCUCGGAAACGUACUGGGAGCCAAUGUACCAAGACUGGUGUUAGGUGUUCUUGGUGGCCACACCCAGUCACCAGUCUAGCUGCCAUAUUCUGGAUUAGUUGUAGUUUCUAGGUCACCUUCAAAGGUAGCCCCACAUAGAGCACAUUUGCAGUAGUCCAAGCGGGAGAUAACCAGAGCAUGCACCACUCUAGCGAGACAGUCCGCAGGCAGCCUGUGUACUAACUAUUGCAGGAGAUGUACUCUUUAACUGUCUCCAUAAGCCUCCAUUUAUUUGUGAAACAGUCUGAUCCUGAAUCUAAAAGUUAAAGAAAAAUCCAUGCAGUCUGAAAAUAGUGAUAACUGCCGGCUAGCCUGCCUUCAUUCUACGAUAAAGUGGCAUUUGACUUUUUGACAAAAAGAGACCCUUUCGACUAUUAUUAAUGGGACAUGAAUGCAUUGAUCUAGCAGCAUAGAAAUUUUCGGCAAUAGUGCAGAAGGAGCAUCAACCUCUGACCUUGCUUUGCCUCAAUGUUCCAUAAUGUCUAGUGUCUGUAGCUGGAACCUGUCGCUUUGCUUUGCUUUGCUUUGCUUUGCUUUGGUUUUGCUUUCACAGUUUCUUUGGGCAACAAUUAUGGAAAAUAUCUCCACAAAUAAAGCUGUCCCUGCCUCCCUUUGUGGGGUUUUUUGCCCUUGACAGUAAGGAAAACUGACUUAAGAAAAUGUCCAUGUAAGUACUGUGCCUAUAAGAGGGUCUCUUGGAAGACUUGGAAGUCACACUGUCACAAAUUCAAGGAUAUGUUUUCUGCACUCGGAACUCCCCAGCACUUCUGUGGUUUGGUUUUUUAUUGCUUAAGAGGUGUAAGAUGACUUGCUUUCACAUUGGCUUCUGACUCAGAGUAGCUACCACUCUGGCAACACAUUUACAUACAGAUGGACAAAGAACCCAAAAUGCAACAGUACCAGGAUUUGGCAUAAAGUCUUUGCAUCUCUCUUCUUUAAAAGAAUGGUGUUUAACGCUUCCUCUCUAAAGACUGAGCUUAGAAUCCAGAGGGCUGAGCUUUUGGCCUUGGCUUUAAUCCAAGGCAAGCUUCACCAACUGCUAUUUUAAAAAGGAAAACAAAGGCUUAUUAAAAAGCAGUGGGGCAAAAACUUGACCUGUAAAAAACAAAAGGAAGCAUUUAUUUAUUAUAUUUAUUUAACUCACCCCCUCCCCUCCGGUAAUUUCAAAUCAGUUUUCAAAGUGGCUUAGAGAAAAAGAUAAUAAAACCAUGAAAGGAACAGCAUCAACAUGGCAUCAAAUGGCUAAAAUCAACUAAAUGUGUGUGCAAAUGGCUGACACUUAAAACUUUUCAUUCUAGGCACUAGAUAAGCAGCUCUAGAGAGAGAGUUCCGUGAUUGGGGUGUCUGUAUUGAGAGGGCUCUCUCCUGGUGAUAUCUGAUUGCUAUGGCACCUGCAGAAUGGUCUCCUUUGCAGAAUGUUUUGCACAGGAAAGAUGCCCCUCAUAUAUGUAUAUUAACUUAGAAGUUGGAGACUCGCCAAUAUUAUCUUUGGUGGCUAAUCAAUUGGGCACCAACACCAAGCACAUUGUUAAAACCAGUACAGUGGUACCUCGGGUUACAUACGCUUCAGGUUACAGACUCCACUAACCCAGAAAUAGUGCUUCAGGUUAAGAACUUUGCUUCAGGAUGAGAACAGAAAUCGUGCAGCGGCAGCAGGAGACCCCAUUAGCUAAAGUGGUGCUUCAGGUUAAGAACAGUUUCAGGUUAAGUACAGACCUCCGGAAUGAAUUAAGUACUUAACCCGAGGUACCACUGUACCUUCUAAAUCUGAGGCAUGUUUCUGCAUAGGCAGGCUCAGCAAUCUUGAAACAGAUUAGCCAUCUUAACAGAGGUGCAAAAAGGGAGGGCAGAGUUAUUUGGCUGUAUCCAGCUAAGGCCUACUCAAGAGUAGAGCAAUUGAAAUUAAAUGAACCUAAGUUAGCCAUUUCCAUUAACUUCAGUGGGUCUACUCCUGAAUAGUACUAGCAUUGCAUACUACAUACAGAGAGAUCCUUAAUUAGUGAGCUUUUCGUGUUUAUGUUUUAAGGAAAAAUGUGUCCUGAUCUAGGAUAAACUGUGAUGGAUUGUUCUUCUAAUGGCAAAAGACACAGUUGGACUUGGAAGUGUUCUAUCUUCAUUUUAAAAUUCAUAUUUUGACAUGUACAGAUGGACAUUUCAAAACUUAACAAUUUACAACUUCAGAAAAAGUUAGAGUGGCUCCCUGGUUAACCAGAGUGGAAACAAGACAAUUUCAGUAGAUACCAGGUUGUACAUCUUGUGAUGUUGCAGGACCUGUGAGUAUCCCAUGAUUUUAAAAUGACUAAAUUGGAAGGCGGUUAUGGUGUUUAAAAUAGCAUCAAGCUAUAUUUCUAGCUAAUGUGCCUGUUUCUUCAACUUUUGCCAAAAAAAUAAUAAUAUGUUUGAAGAUAAGACUGUUGAAGCUCAGUUUACUUCUGAGCCUAAGGAGACAUAGAUGGAUAAAAUAUGCCCUGCCCAGCCACAGAAAUGUGUGUGACUUGCUGGUUAAAAACAGUUAGUCUUGGUGAUUUCUUUAUUUUAUUAUUGAUUGAUUCAGAUAAUAAAUCAGUAAAAGACACACGACAGUUAUAUCCUACCCUCAUGGUAAAACUAACUGGAGCACUUAAAAUUUUAAAAGUUAACCUCAAGUUGUGAGCAUAUAUAUUUUUGAACAUAGGGCGGUAUACAGCUAAACAGUUCUGCUAGCACAAGGACUUUUAGCUACACAAUGGAAUGUCCCCAUGCACCCUCUAAAUCUGCUAUGGAGGUUUUCUAGCCUUCUGGAGUAGAUUUAGGGGGUGCACAUGAAAAGAAGAGAAGAUAGAGAAAUUCCAUUAUACAACUAAAAGUCCUUGUGCUAGUGGAACCGUUUAGCUGGAUACCACUCAAUUUCUACAUAUUCUUAUGUAGUAUUCCCUAUUAUAUACACUGCAGGUUAAUCUUCUGAUUAUAUUGCUUUAUUUGCUGGGCUACCUUUUAGUGUAUUUUUCAUCUGUGCUGCUACUGGACUUCUUCAGUAUUCUAUGCCCUUCUUGAUUUAAUCCUUUGAUUAGGACAAUGCAUCCUAGUGGUGAUUUAACUUACUUUUCAUAGCCCUUGAAAUGCUAUUUAAAACAAAUUGCGGCUUGAUGGUAUAUAAUAGCAGCAUGAUUAACUCUUGUCUGUUUUCACAACUAUGUUUAUGUUACUCUUUUAGCUGUGUGUUUAUAUUACCCUAGUAACAUGUCCAUCAUUAUGAUAGGUGGAACAGACAAAGGGUCAGAGUGAAUUCCUGUAUAUUGCAGGGACAUGGGUUUUUUUAUCAAUGGAGUUGGCUCCUCCACCCUCCUGGUAUCAAGAACGUAGAGGCAUCUCCAAUAACAGCACUUUACCGUGUGUGUGUUUUUUGUGUGUGUGUGUUUUUAAACUACAUUCUAAUCUUGAUUUUCCUUCAAGGAAUUUAGGAUGGCACACAUUAUUUCUCUGUUUUCUUUCCUCUCCCCUCCCUGCCCUUUUUUGCCACCACACACUGCACUGGCUUUUUGUGUGACAGUGAGUGGCAGCAAUGCGCCUAUAACAAACCAAGUAAAGAUGUGUACUCAAGUUGGGGGACGACAUUGGAAUUAGGGUUAAAUCUGUGCUUGCAGAAGUGGGUUAUUGUCUCUCCUCCAGAGCUUUCCCAAUUGCAGCCCAUUUAUUUUGUCGUGUAGAGCUAAAUGGGAGCCCCGGAAGUGAAUUGUAGAGCUUACAAAGAAUUAAAAGCUGGAAUUCUAUUUGGAAAAAACAAACUCUGGGCCAAUUAACUGAAGUAAUGGUGCGUGUGUUUGUAUAACCUGUUCAGUUUAUUCUUCCUUGGGAAAAUUUGCUCCCCUCUUUACUCUGAUCUUAAGCAAAGCCAUGGCAGUUCAUAAAACUGCUGGAUGCCAUUUGAUAAUUUUAAAAACAAUUUAAAGAAACGCUGCAACCAUAAGGACUGUUUUGUAAUGUCAUCCUAGAUCUGUGAAUAAAAACAGCAGUGAAAACAGACACAUUUUCCAGAAUUUUAAAUAUUAUGUUUACUGGAGCGGAAGUUCCAUAAAUUACUGCCAAUGAAGUGUGAGUAUGUUUCUCCCACUUGUAAAUGAGCUUUUAUUUCCUACAGUACAUAUUCUGCUGCCACAAUGACUCAUCUUAUACAUGUUUUAGUUUAACUCCAAAAACGUUUUAAAUCUUGGCAGUGGUACUGGGAUGUUGCACCCUGCUGUAGAAACUUAAAAAUUUAUGGUCAGUUGCAGCAAUAACCAAUGUUUGCUGGUGUUGAUGUCUCCAGGUUAUAUAGAGUGAUUAUGAGAAUAUUUAAAAGAAUUGUGCAUUUGUUGUUUUCUGAACAAGACUUGAUAUGGUGGUGAUUCUGUUCUCUGAUCUGUCACAACUGGGCACUUGUUGACUCAGAAAAUAAAUGAAACAGUAUUAUCGGUUGCCCUCUCUCAUUUAUGCUAGAUAACUCCUUGCACAUGCUUACAGAUAAUUGGUAAAUGGAAUGAAAAAUGGAAUUCUGUAUGGGAAAAUGUUUAGAAGAGUUGCUACUAUGGGACUGACGUAGUUGUGAGACACUUUACAAGUUUUAAUAUCUCCAUGGUGGUCUGUAAUGCUGGUGAUAGAUUUGUUUAUGUGUCUACAUUCAAUUUUUUUUACAGCUAGCACCUUGAUUCUACACACAUUUACUUCUCAGUGUCCCAUGGAUUAGAGCUAUUAUAAGCAUCUCAGUUUGCUUAGAAUUGGAGCCUAUAGAAAUAUCUGCUUGUGUAAGCAUAUUAAUCAAUAUAGGGCAUUUUCUUUCAACUGAAGUUUUUGUUGUUGUUGUUCAACAGGUUUUUCCAUUGGGAACGUUGCCAAGUUGUACUUUUUUAUUGUUUAACCCAGGACUUACAACGUAGUGGAGCUCAACUUUCCGUCAUGGCGUUAUUUUCUUUCAAAUGUUCCUAAGCCUGAUGGCAUCCCCUGUGUUCAUAAUCCUUUUGGUAAUUUAUCUUCUCUGGAUAUGCUUUCCCUGAGCUGAUAAAUGACAACUGCUUUGUGCCAUUUUAACUACUAUCCUUCCAAACCUUCACUGGUGACACAUGAAAGCUCAUCUUACUCAUCAUGGCUUUCGGACAUGCACAAUGUUGUAAUUUGUAUAUAAGCACAUGUGAAUUCAUCUCUAUACUAGGUGACUUCUACCCAGAUUAAUUUUGACAGUUUUGCAGUCUUUAACCUCACAAAUGCCCCAAGUUUACUGCAGUGGAAUAGUGCAGGUUUCAGGACCAAUACAAACCUUCAUUCUGAGACUGCACAGAUUUCGUCAGAAGGCAAAGGAGGCUUCUAGAUCCUGUCCAUUAGAAUCUGGUGAAAAUACUAAACAGUUUUGGGAUGCAAAAUUGAGAGGCUGAGGAAGCGUUGAACUGCUGUUUAGAACCUGUGAUGUAUUGAAUGAAAGCCAGUAAACUGAAGCUCAGUAGAUUAUUUAUUUAUUUCAUGUAUAAGGUGAUAGUUGUGUUGGUAAGUGGUACAUUUGACCAGGAAGGUAGGCUUCUACCUGUUCAGGUACAUAACCAGCCUGAGGUACUGUUGAAUCAAGUAUUGCCACUGGCCUAUAAAGCAGGUUCUUUCACUGAGCUGCAGUCCUUCCUAUGUUGAAUGCACCUCACUUCUCUUCUCCAGCGGUGGUAAUAGACAAAAAUAAAAGGGAACCUGUAGUGAGGGACAGUAAAGAUUGUAUUGGCUUUAAAAAAUAAUAAUUCUCUCCCUUCCCCACUGCCUGCUCUGCCUUUUUAUAUGAUGGUUCUUUGAAGGGACACGGGAGAUGGCUUAAUUUUGGCUCCCUUGUGCCGCAACACACACCCUGUAUUUGUUACAGUCAUCUCUUGGAAGUUAAUGUCAGAUCUCUAUAUACUUUAUUUUUGUAUCUGUUCCUGUAGGGAUAUGUGCCGUUUUAAUGGUGAAGCCAGUCAUAAAGCUGCAGUCCUUAACUAUAAAAGCAGACUAGUUCUAUUGUGCUUUGCAAUAUGUAGUUAAGAUGGAAGCUUUAGAGGAAAUGGAAGAAGAUGCAGAGAGGUUGUUGUUCCAAAGAAAGAACUGGAAAUAAUCUUGACCGACAGAGAAGGAAGAGAGAGAGCUUGCCCAAAUGUAUUUUCUGCCCUGGCUUUUUGAAGCAAUGCAGAACCUCCUUUGGAAAUUAGGCUUUAUCCUUUCAAUCCGCACCCAGUUUAAAAGGAUGCUGUUAGAUAUAAAAAUCUGGAUGAGGAUUAAACAGAACUGAUUUUAUAACAUAAAUGUGCCUAGGUCUCACUGGAUUUAACUACAACUUUGCACUUAUUAAACUAAAAUGUACUAUGUGUUCUGUGCUGGAUUUGAGCGUUCUGCAUUGCUUAAUUGAUCAUUGCCGAUUCAAUGAUGGUCCAGAUGUUGUGAUUUUUAUCGGCAAUUUGUUCUCGCAUCUGGAGGCCAUCAGUAUUUUUGAGCACCUAUUAGUUUUUAUUUCAGAAUUGCCAAUGAAUGUUGGUUUUGUAUACUAAUAACUCUAUUCAAUGAGUUUAACAGGCUUCUAAGUAGACAGAGUCAAUUUAUUUAUAUACCACAUAUUCCCAGAAAUUCAUCUUUGCGCAAAGCACUUCACAUAGAAAGCAGUAUCAAUACUGUAGUACAAUAACAGUACAUAAUGCCCUUAGUACAACAUUAACACACACAAAUAAACAGAGAUAAAAAUUUAAGGGAGUAUGAAGCCCACCAAUGGGUCAAAGAAAAUAUCAAAUAACUUCCUGUUCAAAAGCGGCCCCAUACCUGAUGAUAUUAGUGUCUGGCAAGCAUCCUCCCCUCCUGUCGUUUAUGCCUCAAAAGGUUAGAAAGUCUACACAGAGUUCUUCCGCAAGCGGCUCCCUUAUGGAGGCUCUCAGGGCUAAGCAGGUGGAAACAGCCACCCUCUCCAAUGGCAAAUACAGUGCAUGUGUCUCUGAAUUAUCUAGCUUGUAUCUAGUCUCAUCAUGCUCACGAUCUCAUAAUCAGUCAAAAAUUAAAGAGCCAUCCGAUAAGCAAUGGCUGGAUCUUUGCAUAGAAACGAUAAUAAUUUUGGCCCGCUAUAUAUAGUUAAUGGGUGAUGUUGGUCCUUAUAUGGAGGAGCAGUCAGUGUUCACGCAGCCAGCACACACCUAAAGUAACACUUUGUGUGGAUAUCUGUAUGUGUGGAUAUCUUCACGUAUGUAUACAAAAGAGCCUGAUUUGCGUACUGUGUCCCAUUUUUGAGUAGGAAGAACCAUCCAGAUCCAACAACCGUUUGUGGGCCUCCCUGUGAAGUGACUCUGACUCUCAAUACUUUAGUGUUCAUAGGGAAGAAGGAUGCACCAAGUAAAAGAUGAGCGCUUUCUAGUGUCUGAGCUCGAUCAAAGAAAUAGCCAGAUCUUGGUUAAACCCCCCUGCGUUAAGGCCAGGAGAACAACAAGUAUGAAUAAAGUUACAUAUUAUAGGACAUGAACACUCUCAACAGAAAAAGAUUGCAGUAAAGUGCCAGUUUGGUGCAUGAAGCAACUGAGACCUGGGAUCACAUAGCAGGUUCAUUUAGGGUCAGCUUUGGUAGGGCAGGUGUUAAGCAUGUAUCAGAUACCAACAUCGUACUGUGGUGGUGUCAGAGAGUGUAGGCAGCAAUUGAAUUGGAUGCCAUCAGGUAGCAACUAGGAAAGAGUGAUUUAAUGUCUGUUGGUGACACGUUUUCAUGGGUUUUUUUCUUUAGGUUUGGUAAUCUUGGAGGCCCGCAGGAUUUGAGAGAGAGUGUGUGAAAGAGAAAGAGAGAGAGAGAGAGAGAGAGUUUUCAGUAUGCAAAAACAAUAUGUGAGUGGUGCUUUGACAAAAGACUUUUAAAAUCAUCUCAAUAAUACCCUGCAUUCAUGGCACGUUAUCCUUAUUUUUCUUUAAAAUUUUGCAUAUACUUUGAAUUAAGAUUUUGUAUUUCACUUUCCCCAGCAAAGGAAACAGUUCCACACAAUAGCAGGCUUUACUUGCUGCAAAAGCUGAUUCAAGCAACUCUUUCUUUCUUUCUUUCUUUCUUUCUUUCUUUCUUUCUUAUCUUUUCCUGAGUUACAAAUGCUGUAUUUUGCUCCAUUUCCUAGCUUCUGGCUACCUUGAAACACAGAUUCCCCCCCCCACACACACACACUGCAUCCGUCUCCUCUUGUGGGUUCUCUGAAUUUCAUGUGGGUCAUAUAAUGUGGGAGUUGAAGGAAAGAAGCUGGAGGAAAACAAAUACAACUGCCUCUUGGGUGGAAGAAUCCAGGAUAGUACACACAGUCCAGGGAUUCCUUACCCAGCCAUCAGGGAAGGGGGGUAGGAAUGAGAGAAAUGUAUCACCACAAUAACAGAUUGUGUGGCGGAAAGGAAAGGUCACAGUGUGUCUAACUAGGAACUGAAAUCUCUAAUUUAAUCUUUCUAGGUUUAUCUUUCAAGAGCGCAUUCAGCCAAAAAUAUGCAGUAGAGAUCUGCUUAUUCUUUUUUGAGCACCAGACUUCAAUUCUUUGGCAAGCUGAAUGUCUGAGGCAUCAGGGAAUGCAAGGGGGAAUAUUUCAUAUAGAGGCUCUUGGUUGAAUUAAAUAUAGAAAAAAACAAAUGACACUAGAAUAGUUAGCAUGCAUAAUUUUUUUAAAAAAUAUAUAUCUGAAAUUUAAAGCUUUAGAUAAGACCACAAGCCUGGCAAAUAGAGAUGCCCACACUAAAGAUUAGAGAUUAAAAAUACCUAAAAUCUCACAAUAAAGAGGAAGCAAUUUUCAAACAUAGUUGGACAAAGUGUCAGGAACAGCCUUGCCCUGUGAGUUAAUUGACCUUGUAUCAACAUGGAGACCUGAAAGGCAUUGCUCUGGUUAGAAUUCUGCCCCCCCCCCCCGUGAGCCUCUUGCAUGUAUAGCAUUCUAAUUUUAACAUGAUGUGUUAGUUUUGAAAUUUAUUUAUCCAUGGCUUCUAGCCCUUUUAUUGGAAACAAUAGGGGAAAAUGUGGCUUUGCUAAAAUUAGUAGGAUUGUUUUAUGUGUAGCUUAAUACAUAACUAAAAGGGAUGCGGGUGGCGCUGUGGUCUAAACCACAGAGCCUAGGGCUUGCCAAUCAGAAGAUCGGCAGUACGAAUCCCCAUGACAGGGUCAGCUCCCAUUGUUUGGUCCCAGCUCCUGCCCACCUAGCAAUUCGAAAACACGUCAAAGUGCAAGUAGAUAAAUAGGUACCGCUCUGGCGGGAAGAAAAAAGGUGUUUCCGUGUGCUGCUCUGGUUUCGCCAGAAGCGGCUUAGUCAUGCUGGCCACAUGACCCGGAAGCUGUACUUUGGCUCCCUCGGCCAAUAAAGCGAGAUGAGCGCCGCAACCCCAGAGCCAGCCACGACUGGACCUAACGGUCAGGGGUACAUUUACCUUUACCUAAUACAUAGUUAGUUAAAUAAUCUAUGAUCAAACUAUAUUGGUCCAUAAUGAAAAAUACUUUCGUAACAUGAGUAUUUGGUGGUCGUUGUUUUCAUUUAGAAGUCUACAUUGAUAUUUCACUUAUGUCGUUCCCUACAAAUAGACCUGUUCUAGUAGAUAUACUGUGUGGCAGUAAUGGGGGAUCUUUUUAAGGUUCACAUUUGCAUUGGGGUAAUCGGUUGGGAGCUUAUUCACAACAGCAGAUAUUGAAAUUUGUUGGGUGCUAGAACAGUAAAUGUGUUUAAAGAAGCAAUAUUUGGUUCAGCUUAAAUCACAUCGCAUUCCUUUUUUAAAAAUCAUGACGAGAGAGUUGAAUUGGAUUUCUUUAAAUGCAUGCUUGGGAUUCCUAUCAGCCCAUUUGUUGGGCAUACUCAGCAUCUUCAGCUUAGGCAAAAAAAUAAAAAUACUGCAUUCAUUCAGUGGUUCAUUUUGCAGCCAACGACCACAGAUGAUAUUACAGCUGAGAUGUUUUAUGACGGACAUAGCCACAUUGUGGUACUUGAUUUUGGCAAAAGAAGACUUCUUACCAAUUCUAGAGGUAAAAGGAAACAUAAAGGGCCUCAUGAGGAAUAUUAACUUGCCAAGAGUAGUAUUUCCAGCUCAUUUAAUUGUUGGAAGAAGUGGCAUUGCUUAUAAUUUCUAUUCACUCACAAGUUCACUUUAGAUUAAUCUUGUUAGGGUUUUGGUUGUUGUUGAGAUGACAGUGGGAAAAAAGAGGUCUUCCAUUCUGAUCAAAAGACUGGCAUCUGAUUUAUUUAUUUUACUCCCCUCCCCCCCCCCCAGCAAAGGAACCCACGUGGGUGCCUCUCUCAGCAUGUAGGUCCAAGGAAAGACCGAUCUCAUUACUAACUUGCUGUAAACUAUCUAUGCGUGCUGCGGCGUACUUUGGAAAUGUAUGUAGCCUGUGUCGUCUUAUACUCAGCAGACUGUAUCUGCCACAACCUCUCCUGCUUUCCCCAGCUUCAUUACACUGCAACAUCAUUCCAUUCUGCAAAGCAAGCAGGUGCUUGUUGAACAUGGAUGGAGCUGCGCUGGAAGAAUGUUGAUGGACACUCAGAUUUCCAGCCAGGCAGGGAGGUGUACAUAAAAUGGCCAGUUUCCAAGAAGUCUCAUACCUCUGUUGUAAUCCAAACUUCUCUGGCAGCGAUGGUCAUGGUGAAGUGUCAAAACAACAUAUUUCUGUUUUAUUUUCAUUGCGACGCGAACACCUGAAGCCUUCAAACGUGUGACUUAGUCAUGCAAACGUGGAUGAACCAGUCUUUUUAGCCAAUGUGAAGGGGAAUCUCUUGGUAGAAACACCUUUAAUAAAAAGAAAAGACAUUCAUGAAAUAGUUUCAAGCACUCAACAUUUUUACUUCAACGUAUUUAGAUCUGUGGUAUAUAAUAAUAUAGAAAUACAUAGGUAUGUAUGCUGUAUGUAGUAUUUAGUAUUCGCCAUGUGUAAAUUCAUAAAUUGUAUCCUGGAGAGACACUUCACCGAUUUGAUAUUUGAUCAUAUCUGGCUAAUAAAAUCAUUAACUCCCAUGUUCUUUAAUAAUAAUAAUAAUAAUAAUAAUAUAAUUAUAAUAAUAUUUAUACCCUGGCCCAUCAGUGUACGGUGAUGCACUAUACACAGUAGAGGAAGGAUCAUAGAAGACCACUUACUAUUAAAAACAAAUGCUAUUUAGCAUAUUAUUUAUUGUUUAUUUUAUCACCAGUACCUUCAGAAACAGAUUUAGGUUUGUGGAUUUUCUUUGUGCAUGAGACUUACACAGUCUUUCUUCAAUUCUGUGUAUUUAUCACAUGCCAAAAUAAACUGCAAAUGUUUAUUGCCAUGUUGGAAGAGUGGCAAUGACGUAGGUUACUAUUUAGCUACUAGCGGAGCUGCUCAGCAUUCAAAAAGUUUAAGAGGCAGUCAUUAGAAUGUGACUGCUGUUUUGAUGGAUCUUCUGACUGUUGUCACGUUGAAAGGAUUUAUCCCAAAUGUAGAUAAUGAAGUAUUUCUUUGUGCUUGCGGUGUCAGACUAAUGCUCCUCCGCCUUGUAAGCUAUUGGUGAGCUUGCUUCAAAACCUUUUGCCAUAGCCAGGGAGAUCAUUACAUGUUGUUCUUCUGUUAACAAAUGUUUGCACAAAGUUGAAAAUAUUACCACAGUGACAAAACAGCCUGAACGCUGGACAUAUCAAGCUCAGGUUAAGAAAAUAAAUCCCAGCUAUUUCACUUGAAGAGCAAAGUCUCCAUUGUAAUCAGCAAAGCUUAAUAGUGUUCUGUGUUACAACAUGGUAAGAGAGGACAAAAAAUGUUUGAGGUAAAUUAGAUCAUAGUUCAGUCUUUGAGGUAAUUUAAUAAUUACUAUUAUCACCAAACCCCGUUUGUUCGUGUGGCUUCUAGUCAGUCAUGUUUUCUGCCCCUGGUCAAAGUUACCAAUGAAUGGGAAUAAAUAAUUUCAUUUUUUAUUUAGUUUACUCAUUGUUAUGUAUUUUAUUUUAUUUUAUUUUACUUUAUUUUAAUUUAAUUUACUUCAUGAUUUUAGUUCUGUACGCAUCUAGUUUAAUUUCCAUUGUGUUCAAUGCACAUUUCUCUGCAGGCUAAGAGCCCUUGCCUAGUAAUGGUAUUCUAAAAUUGCAUUCCUUUUCUGUGUAAUGGUGCUGUGUUGAUGGUGAUAAAUGGAUUUCUAAUUUUGAUUCCUUUUUUUAUUCUGCAUGUUGUUUUGCUGCAUUUCCAUGUUUCUGGCCCAGUAGCUCCUGGUAGUGGUGGGGCAGAGGGCAUUAAAGCAGUGAUUAUGGUACAGCAUUUACAGCAAGAAGCUUUAACAGAGCCGUAAGCUUCUCCUCAGUCUGUCGAAAAGAGAGAUUUUACUAAACCAAAAUGCAAAACGCUAUGUAUGUUUAAUUACUAGAUGGGAAGCAAAUGCAACAUCUGGCAAGAACUUCAGUUUAAAUCACUUUUACUGUUUUGGACAACAGAAAUAGUACUUAAAAGAAGAUAACAUGCACUAAGGGUUUGUCAUCUACUGGGAAUUGUAGCUGCAGUUGCCAAAAAAAAUAGUAGUAUAAAUCUUCCUCUUGUUUCUGUAUUCACUUACGUGGAACAUUGCUACAGGAGCCACAAUACAAACUCCAGUUACACCGAGAAACAAUUAUUAUGCUAAAUGAGAUUGUAUGGUCAAGCAAAUGGCUUAUUUGGACAAUAGAAGCUGAUAUCUAAGAGCAGGUUACUGGGCUAAAGUUCAUUGCAGGAUUUGGGGGGGGGGGGUCAACUUUAGGUUACCUAAUGCCCUUAAAAUGGACUUAUGUGGAUAUUCCAUUAGUUGGUUGAUUCAGCACUUCUCAAACUAGAUUAAAGUUGCACAUUCUGCUGCAAGAGAUUCUCAGUUUUCUGUUUUAUUUAUUUCGAGCAUUUGUACUCCGCUCUCCAGACAAAAAAGGCCCCCAUUGCAGAUUACAUGAAAUCAAAACAAGACACUCCCUAUGCUCAGGCUUACAUUCAAACAAGCAAACAUUAUUUAUAUCCCACCCAUCUGGCUGGGUUUCCCCAGCCACUCUGAGCGGCUUACAGCAUAUAUAAAACAUAGUAAAACAUCAGACAUUAAAAACCUCCUGAUACAGAAUGUCUUCUAAAAAUUAUGUAGUUCCUUAUCUCCUUGACAUCUGAAGGGAAGGCGUUCCACAAAAGGGAAAAGGAACAGUGAGAGGAGAGGAAAAUAAAACUCAAAACUCAGACGCCAAUUUCUAGACAGUUGUUCCCAUAUUGACUGGCCGGCAUAGUUCAGAGGCAGAAGGUUCCUGAUAGAGCUGGCUUAUCACAGCCGAGCCAAUGGAGUGAGCUCUGCUUCUCAGCUCUCAAUUCAAAACUGAUUAUUUCUUCACUUUGUUUUUUGUCUAGAAAAUGUUUUCCAAUUAGCCUUAACUCUCCAGAGUAUUUCCAUCAGCACAGACGACUAAAGCAUGUUUUAAAUAUAUCCAUUGUAUAUCCGACUUUGAGGUUAUCAUUUCUGAAUGAAGCCCAUUUAGCAAGGACGUGCUAUUGAUGGAUAUAUAACUGAGAAGCUAUGAAAGGCUGUGGCUUUCCCAGUAAGUGUAUUCUACAUGCACAAAUUCUGGGCUGCAAGUAUGUGUAAUGGAUACAUGUGAAUCUAUGCACAUUAAUUUCAUACAGUUUUCUUCCACCCAGGAAAAAUUGUGAAAGUGAUGUUUUGCACAGUACUUGAUAGCCCAGGUUUUGAGCACCUCUUUUGAAGCACCAAAAGCCCUUUUUUAUUUCGAUGGCAAUCUUUGCCUGGGGUUUUAAACUGUAGAAAGGUGGAGUUCUUUAUCUCUUAAUCUGGUUUUACAUUGGAUUAUGGGGGUGUGAGAGAAAGAUUAGGAAGAUGGUUCCUGUUUCUAAAUGUAAUUAAUUUUAUUGCAUUUAAACAAUCCAGUCAUGAAAUAUGCUAGAAAAUAUUUAAUUAAGAAUUGGCAGUUCUAGACAGAACUUUUGCAGUUUCCAGAGAACACAAAGAGGGGAGACAAAAAAAUUUUCUUGGAGUGAGGACCCCAAGUUUAGGAAAAUCAAGUAUUUUAAACUGUGUUAGCUGUACCUAUGGCAACCUUGUAAUAGAUGUCUCACUCAGCAGAUCUCAAAGUGGGUGGUACCUCCCCCCAGGGCCAAUGGGAUUACUUUGGGGGCACUAAGAGGCAAAGGCAGGGGUCAGCAACCUUUUUCAGCCGUGGGCCGGUCCACUGCUGUCCCUCAGACCAUGUGGUGGGCCGGACUAUAUUUUGAAAAAAAAUAUGAACGAAUUCCCAUGUCCCACAAAUAACCCAGAGAUGCAUUUUAAAUAAAAGGACACAUUCUACUCUUGUAAAAACACACUGAUUCCCAGACCGUUUGUGGGCCGAAUUGAGAAGGCAAUUGGGCUGGAUCCAGCCUUAGGUUGCCUACCCCUGGGCAAGGGAGUAGCAGGGGUCCCUGAAGGUGGGCCCCCUGAGCAUGUUGCUUGCUUAUUUACAAUCGACCAGGCUAGAGUCUGUCUGAGCCAGAAGAGAAGAUGGGAUACAGUAUGAUAAUCUGUAAGUUUUUUGUGACAGUUUGGAUAUGCUACAUAAAGAUAUGGCUGAGCAAUUAGAGGGUUUUUUAUGGUAAUUCCAGAUUGGGUGACAAAUCUAUUUUCAGAUGCCGAGGAAAUUGAGGUAGGGGAGGAAGAACUAACUGAGCUACAAAAAGACAAUGAUCUGAAGUCAAAGUUUAUGAAAUCGUACCAGGAGUUUUGGUUACAGGAGCAAUUUCUUACCUCUAUCCUGCACUAUGGAAAGUGAUUAAGAAGCUCCUUAUUGCAUUCCUAAUAUCGUAUUUGGUGGAAUGUGCUUUUAGUGUGGUCAUCCAACUUUUCUCCAAGCAAAGAAAUCGACUACUAGGUGGCUAAACAUUGCGAUUUAAAACUCCUGCUUAAGUGACUUUAAACCAGACAUUGGGAAACUGGUAUCAUUUCAUCAAGCCCAUCCAUUGUUUAAGAAGUUACUGAAAAGUGAAGUAGUUACUAAAUGCAGUAUCUAAGAUGCAUUUGAAAAGCUGGUAUCAGCUUUAAACUAAUUAAACUAAAUGGUUUUAAUUGGAUUUUGAAUUAAUGUGAAAUUAAUUGUGUUAAUAUUGUCUUUAGUGGUUCAUGCAAACUGCUGUUCUGAAUAAUGCUUUUUAUAGGGCAGGGUAGAGGUCACUACCCUGUGCCUGGAGACAAGACAGUCAGGCCAUAUAUACACAUCUCAAUGGCCAGAGGAGGAAUGACCACUGGGAGGAGUGCAGAGAGAAGAAACACUAUGGCGCAUCUGCACCAGUGAAAAUGGAUGCCAUCAUCUGCCCCAGCUGCAGUAAAACAUGUCUCUCCCAUUUUGUUCUCUGCAGCCACAGCAGGCGCUGUAACUCUCCAACAGUUUGACUUUACCCCCCAGUGGUGCACUUUUCCAUGGUCUCUUUGCAGCAAAACCAUAUCAUCAUAAUAUUAAGGAUAUAAAUUGUUUGCUGUCUAAUUGACUUUGCUGAGCUUCUUGACUGUUUUGCAUUUUAUUUCCUUGGGUGUUUUCAGGUACAGACAACUGCAGAUCAGCACAGAAAGCAAAGUAGCCGAACUUUUCCAUCAGAAUAAACUGAAGUUGUUUGAAAGCGAACGUCUACAGCUGAUGCAAGAAGAAACCUCCAAGAACCUUUCACAGUGUCAGCUGGAAUGUGAAAAAUAUCAGCGAAAACUAGAGGUACGUAAGAAAAGCUUCCGUAAGCUGUUUCAGUGUGGGCAGGUCCUAUGGCGUGGCUCCUCAACGCCAUUGCCCUGCUUCCAUCAGAGUGGUGAUUGGCUGGUAAGGAACUGCAUCAUUGCAAUUUGGGGGUAAAGAGCAACUGCUUGUAGCUCGUGAAACAAUCGAAAGAGGAACAGUAGGACGGCAUUUGCUUAAGGCAAGUAUUGAUCAUAAUCGUGCCGCACUGUUGUUGAAACCAUUCUAAGCAAAUGAAGACUAAUUAUUUUGUCAGUAGACAUUAAAAGGUCAUUUUGGAGAAGAGGGCAGCUGUGUUCUGUUGACUUUACAGGUGGCAAUACUUAUUCUUAGAACAUCUGUUUUUCUCAGUAUAGUAUAUUGGCAGAAAGGAGACAGGUAGGACCUGCAAACAAAAUUUUCCUCUUCAGUGUUCUAGCCAAUUAGCCAUCAUUCUCCUAACAGUUAUAAAAAUAAAUUAUUAUCACAUAUUUCUAAUGUCCCAUUGAGAGUCCCAUGGACUGCAAGAAGAUCAAACCGCUCCAUUCUUAAGGAAAUCAACCCUGAGUGCUCACUGGAGGACAGAUCGUGAAGCUGAGGCUCCAAUACUUUGGCCACCUCAUGAGAAGAGAAGACUCCCUGGAAAAGACUCUGAUGUUGGGAAAGAUGGAGGGCACAAGAAGAAGGGGACGACAGAGGACGAGAUGGUUGGAUAGUGUUCUCGAAGCUACCAGCAUGAGUUUGACCAAACUGCGUGAGGCAGUGGAAGACAGGAGUGCCUGGCGUGCUCUGGUCCAGGGGGUCACAAACGACUAAACGACUAAACAACAACAACAUUUCUAAUGUCUAAUAGUACAUUUUAGAUGGUUAAUAAUUUUAAUAUUUUUGCCUUCAUUUGCAUAUCUAAGCCUAUAUGCUAGGGGUCACUAACAUUUCUGGACCAGUGGGCACAUUUAGAAUUUUAAGGAAGGGCCAUUGGUGCCAAUCAUAGAAUAGCUGUUAUGGUAGCAUGUUAUAUCACAAAUUGGAAGUGUGGGGCACAGCAUAACUUGAAAUGGUUGCUGUGGAGACAUGAUAAAAACACAAAAUGGAUAUGUACUGAGACAUGUUGUGGGCACCCAAGGAAGUUCAUAGUUGGUAACCCCUGAGAUAUGUCUUCCGGAAGCAUUGUACAGUGGUACUUCGGGUUAAGUACUUAAUUCAUUCCGGAGGUCCGUACUUAACCUGAAGUACCUCCUGCUGCCACCGUGCCACCAGAGCACGAUUUCUGUUCUCAUCCUGAAGCAAAGUUCUUAACCUGAAGCACUAUUUCUGGGUUAGCGGAGUCUGUAACCUGAAGCGUAUGUAACCCGAGGUACCACUGUAAGGCUUUCUUGUUUGGACUGAACUUUCUUGUUUAGAACCUAAGGUUAAGCAUGUACGGAUAUUUUUUUAUUUUUAUGUUUUUUAUUUACGUACAUUUAAUUGGGUCUUACCUUUUGGUAUUACUAAUUUGUUAAAUGGUUAAUCACACAGGACCUUUAAAGAGCUGUGAUAGAAAUAGCAAUAAACUUUUUUUUUAAUAAUGUAUGCUGUUUUCACACUUGCAUGCAUUUGCUUCAAGCACAGCUGCGUUGUGAGUUGUUAGGGCUGGUUAAGUUGCGCCCCCCCCCCUUUUAAAAUAGGUUUUUCUCUGCAAAUAAAACUAUAUCUUUUCUUCUACGACACUUUUUUUCUUUCAGUGUAAUAGCUCAGAUUUUUGCACAAACAGGAGACAAGAUUCAAACGAGGUCCCCCCUCCCCCACAAAAAAAAAUAAUUCUAUUAAUUCCACCCACCUGGUACCUCAAGCUACCUUUCUCUGACUUUCAGUAGCAGCUUCUUGGAGGACUGCAGUAGGAAGCAGGAGAUGGUCACCUGAAAAGGGAGGUUGUUAGGAGACCCCUGCAAUUCCCAGAAUUCUCUGAGAAGAGUGAUCAAUUGUUAAACCACAGGGGUGGGCAAAGGGCGUCUCUAACAUUUCUCAGCACUCUUAACAAACUACAGCUCCUGGGGGUCUUUGGGGGAAAUUCAUGACUAUUUAAAGUGAUACGAUACUACUUUAAAUUUGUACAGAUGGGAGCCUUGCUUUUUGGCAUGUCUUUCUAUAUACCUGUUUCCAUGUGGCAUAGAAUCUGAAGUUUGUACCCCAAAGCAAAGAUAGCCAACUAUUUAAUCUGACACACUAGAGUACCAACAACCAUAGAUAUUAAUUUAGGGAUUCAGCAAAGACUACCAAAGGUUGGAUUCCUUUUGUAACUGAAACAUGUUUAAUGAUUUGGGAUUUGAGAAUCACGAUACAAAUCUGUACGUAGUACUGCUUUUAAUAGAACAUAUUGGAUUCUUAUCUUAAUUAUAAGUUAAAUAGCAAUUGAACUGUGUGCAACUCAUUAUUUUUUAACCGUUUGGGCUUUUGUCUCCAUCAUAAAUAAUUUAUAGCCUUCUGUUAAUUAACUUUCAUUUUAAUUUUCAUAUAGGUUUUAACCAAAGAAUUUUAUAAUCUUCAAGCACUGAGCGAGAAACGGAUUUCAGAACUUCAGGCACAAAACUCUGAGUACCAGGCAAGGCUUGACACGUAUGAAAAGCUGGAAAAAGAACUUGAUGAGAUAAUCAUGCAAAGUGCAGAACGUAAGUUCUUUUAAUUUGCCCUGUUCUUCCUGUAGUGUACUGUGUUGGAAUAUUUUUAUAAUCUGAUCGCUGUUAAUGAGAUUUGGAACAUUUUAAAUCCCAGGAAUUUUUAGUAGAUAUUGAACAUGCAGCAGUGUAAUAUUUAACAUCAAAUACAUAUUUUAUUGUGCUUUAAUUGGCAGUGAGAAUAUUUAUUUAAUUUUGAUUAUCUCCUUAAAUUACUUUAUAGUAAAUAUUUUUUACUGGCUCAGAUUCCCCCGGGGACAUGCAUGUCAAAUCUAUGUGCAGAUGUUUUUGGUUUGUUUUUCUUUCCUGUCAUAUUUGCCUGGCAGAUUUUGCACAAAGGCCGUUGAAGAGAAAAACAGGGAGAAGCACCCCAUUGCACAUCUCUUUAGUUCUGUUAUGUCACAACAAUUCGCCAUGAUCUAUCAAAGGUGAUGAUGGGGGGGCAAGGAGAAUUUCUUUUUUAUACAUGAUUUUUUAUUGGAUUUUUGAUAAUUUUAUACAUAUAAACAUAACCAUUUCAAACAUUAAAAUACAAGGUUCUUUUGAACCUUCGGACCUCCUUUCCCUCUCUCCAUGGGUUCCAUGUUUAAGUUUAAAUUUGCAGCAUCUUUUACAAUUAUCCAUCUAUUAUAUAACCAUAAUUACCAUAAAUAAUUCCGUAUUACAAGUGUCAUUACAUCCCUGCCAAAGAUUUUAACUGUUUACAGUGGUUUUUUAAAUAAAUUUAAAAAUUUACUCCAGUCUUUAGAAAAUACUUGAUCUUCCCAGUUUCGGAUCUUCCCCAUCAGUUUUGCCAUCUCCGCAUACUCUAUCAGUUUCAUCUGUCAUCCUUCUUUUGUUGGUAUUUCUCCUUCCUUCCAUCUCUGGGCUAACAGCAUUCUCAAUUUUAGUAUAUGUGCUGCCGAAGCGAGCACGGGCUAGUAGCAAUCUCGCUGCCGUUUUUGAAUACAUUAAAAGUCUUUUAUCUUCUCUUGGAAACUCUUCACCUAUUGUACCUAGUAAGGCAACUUCUGGUUUUUUAACAAAUGCAUUUUUGAACAUUUUCUUUAGUUCAUUAUAUAUUCAUUUUAGAAGCUUCGAGAUCACUGUCCAACCGUCUCGUCCUCUGUCGUCCCCUUCUCCUUGUGAUCUCCAUCUUUCCCAAAAUCAGGGUCUUUUCCAGGGCGUCUUCUCUUCUCAUGAGGUGGCCAAAGUAUUGGAGCCUCAGCUUCAGGAUCUGUCCUUCCAGUGAGCAUAUACUGCCCCAAAUCAAAGUACGUUUAGACUGCUCACUGUAUCCCCUCUUUUACCAGAGAGAGAUUCUUCUCUGUACACCAGGGCUGCACACCAACAUACCCCAUCAUUUCAGAAAAGCCCCAGUUAUUUUUGUCCAGUUUUUCUUUAAAAAAAGGUAAAGACCAUUAGGUCCAGUCGCACACGACUCUGGGGUUGCGGUGCUCAUUUCGCUUUAUUGGCCGAGGGAGCCAAAGUACAGCUUCCGGGUCAUGUGGCCAGCAUGACUAAGCCGCUUCUGGCAAACCAGAGCAGCACACAGAUACGCCAUUUACCUUCCCGCCGGAGCGGUACCUAUUUUUCUACUUGCACUUUGAUGUGCUUUCAAACUGCUAGGUUGGCAGGAGCAGGGACCAAGCAAUGGGAGCUCACCCCAUCGCAGGGAUUCGAACUGCGGACCUUCUGAUCGGCAAGCCCAAGAGGCUCAGUGGUUUAGACCACAGCACCAUCCGCAUCCCAGUUUUUCUUUAAAGGUAAAGGUACCCCUGCCCGUACGGGCCAGUCGUGUCCGACUCUGGGGUUGCGCGCCCAUCUCGCUUAAGAGGCCGGGGGCCAGUGCUAUCCGAAGACACUUCCGGGUCACAUGGCCAGCGUGACAAGCUGCAUCUGGCGAGCCAGCGCAGCACACGGAAACGCUGUUUACCUUCCCGCUAGUAAGCGGUCCCUAUUUAUCUACUUGCACCCGGGGGUGCUUUCGAACUGCUAGGUUGGCAGGCGCUGGGACCGAGCAACGGGAGCGCACCCCGCCACGGGGAUUCGAACCGCCGACCUGACGAUCGGCAAGUCCUAGGCGCUGAGGUUUUACCCACAGCGCCACUCGCGUCCCUAGUUUUUCUUUAGCUGCUGUUUAUUCUUCUGCUAAAGUGACUGUUUUGGAAAGUGUUUUAGUAUUUAUUUGUUGUGCUGGAUGCUUGUUGUUUUUAUUAAUGAUUUUAUGGCCGUAGUUAUACUUUGUUACAUUUCCUGUGUAAGCUGUUCUGAGAGACUGUUGACUUUUAAAGGUGGCCUAGGAUCCAGACCAAGGAAAUAAAUGGUUUAUUAGUUAUGUAUUGUAUUGUAGCAGCUCUGGUCCAAAGAUGAUUUUGACUUUGCAUCAUUAUCAAGUAGAAAACUUUAGAUAGAACUCUUUAACAUAAUGUAAAUGUGAAUUAUCCACUUUUGUGUUAAUAAGUUUAGAAUGCAAAGAUAAUUCAUUUGUUUCUUAACAGUCAUAACAAUAAAUCAAUCAGACAUUGAACACAUAGAUCAUCCAGUUAGUAACAAAACGCUUAGACUUUCUGGAAUCUCUUUCCAGUUUCCAUACUCUGAUAUUCAUACUAGCAUAUACCCAUCCUUCAUUCUUGUCCAGAGCUAUUUGAAAUAUUAUAAGAAAAACUUCAGGUGUGGGAGCCUAAUUUUUGUGUGUAAGAAAACACUUUAAGAAGAAAAUUUACUGAGGGAAUAUAUAACAUCAUAUGGCCCAUUCAGUGGCCUAUUGACAAGAGAAAAAAAUAGAAUAAGCAGCAUAUAUCACAAGUUCAAGUUUUUGCAAGAUGGACUAUCUACUCUUUCUUAUCGUCAUUAUUAAUAACACUAAAACAUACGCUUUGCAUGAUGACUGUACAAUAGUUGUCUUGUGGUUUUAAAGCAUAUCAAUUUAAUCGAGAGAAAUAUGCAGCAACAGCAAUGUGUGCAACCUAAUUUUUCUCUCUCCUUACAAUCUUCUAUUUGUUGUCUAUACUUGGCAAGAUCAGACUCUGCCAAGCAAGCUUGGCAUUUGUUUUGAUAAUAUAAUAGCUCACAUUUCAGUAGUAUGUGUGUGAACAAGUCUUACUAUAAUGCUAAUGUAUAUGUACUAUUUUGAUUGAAAAUACUCAGAAAUAUCACUUUGGUAUGUUUAAGAUCCAUGUUGCUAUGUUUUCUGUUGUCAAAAGGCCUAUUGAUAGAAGCUGGAUGUAUGUUUUUAUAGUGUUCGCUAGAGCUUGCAGAGAAUAUAUAUAUAUGCAUUCAGAUUUGAGAGACUGUUGCCAAAAAUAUUUUGUCCUGUACAUUUUGUGCUCGUAAUUAUUCCCCUUACCAUGUAUAAUUAUGCUGUUGCAUAUGCUGCCAGGAAAAAGAACACUCACUUCCAGAGCUGAAGAGUGCUUGUUUUCUCCUUUAUAUCUUAGAACAGGGCGGGAGAUAUUAUUAAUGUAUUUCACGAAUGAAUGGCUCUUUAAAGGGAACCAACACUAACAGUCUUCAGAAAUGACACAUUGAUAUUGCUGUGAGACGUAAACAUUCAGCCUGUUGUCUUUAUCAUUUGCCCACUAUUGCAAAGGGAAUGAUACUGCUCACCUCUUUUGGGAAGCCAGGGUGUAGAAGUUGUGCACAUGAAAUAAAGCUGGCCUGGCCUAUUCCAUGUCUCCCUUACCAACUGAGCUUGGCUUUGAGGACAACGCACACAUCUUUUUCAGUACAUGUACCAAACAACCUCCCCACAUUCAUCCAGUGCUUUACCAACUGCACUGGCUCCCGGUGGAGUACAGGGUCAGGUUUAAGGUGCUGAUUUUGACCUUUAAAGCCCUAUGCGGCCUAGGACCCACGUACCUACGGGACCGCCUCUCCUGGUAUGCCACGCGGAGGACCUUAAGGUCCACAAAUGACAACACUUUGGAAGUCGCAAGGAGGUUAGAUUGGUCUCAACUAGGGCCAGGGCCUUUUGAGUACUGGCCCCGACUUAGUGGAACACUCUGUCACAAGAGACUAAGGCCCUGCGGGACUUGACAUCUUUCCGCAGGGCCUGUAAGACAGAGCUGUUCUGCCUGGCCUUUGGUUUGGACUCAGUCUGACCCUUAUGUUUCCCUCCCCUUAUGGUUUUGAUCAAUGGGCUACUAUUAAAAUGAGGAUGCAUUUUAAAUUGUAUUUUAACCUGUAUUUUAAAUUGGUCUCCCCCCCCCAUUAAGUUUUUAUUGUAAUUUUACUGGUGUUAGCUGCCCAAAGCCUAGCUCUGGCCAGGGAGGGCGGGGUAUAAAUAAAAAAAUAUUUUUUAAAUUAUUAUUUCCCAACUUCCUUUCGUACCCAAAGCCUGGUAUAUUGCUGCAAGCAUGGCUCAUCUACCCCACUCUGUCCUCCAUGUUUUUGGUGUAAUUCUUGAAGUUCUUUUGAUUCACCACAUCUGUGAAAUUUCAAUAUUUACCAAACAGUAUCAGUUAGAUACAGCAUCUUAAAAAGCAGAGACAUCACCUUGCCAACAAAGGUCCGUAUAGUUAAAGCCAUGGUUUUCCCAGUAGUGAUGUAUGGAAGUGAGAGCUGGACCAUAAAGAAGGCUGAUCGCCGAAGAAUUGAUGCUUUUGAACUAUGGUGCUGGAGGAGACUCUUGAGAGUCCCAUGGACUGCAAGAAGAUCAAACGCAUCCAUUCUUAAGGAAAUUAGCCCUGAGUGCUCACUGGAAGGACAGAUCGUGAAGCUGAGGCUCCAAUACUUUGGCCACCUCAUGAGAAGAGAAGACUCCCUGGAAAAGACUCUGAUGUUGGGAAAGAUGGAGGGCACAAGAAGAAGGGGACGACAGAGGACGAGAUGGUUGGACAGUGUUCUCGAAGCUACAAACAUGAGUCUGACCAAACUGCGGGAGGCAGUGGAAGACAGAAGUGCCUGGUGUGCUCUGGUCCAUGGGGUCACGAAGAGUCGGACACGACUAAACGACUAAACAACAACAACCAGUUAGAUAAGGGACGCGGGUGGCGCUGUGGUGUAAGCCACAGAGCCUAGGGCUUGCCGAUCAGAAGGUCGGCGGUUCGAAUCCCCGCGACGGAGUGAGCUCCCAUUGCUCAGUCCCUGCUCCUGCCAACCUAGCAGUUCGAAAGCACGUCAAAGUGCAAAUAGAUAAAUAGGUACCACUCCAGCGGGAAGGUAAAUGGCGUUUCUGUGUGCUGCUCUGGUUUGCCAGAAGCAGCUUAGUCAUGCUGGCCACACGACCCGGAAGCUGUCUGUGGACAAACGCCGGCUCCCUCGGCCUGUAAAGCGAGAUGAGCACACAACCCCAGAGUCGUCCAUAACUGGACCUAAUGGUCAGGGGUACCUUUACCAAUUGGAUAAUUGGCUUUUUGUUUAAUUUAAAGCAUUUUGAAUCCACUCCUUAGCAAAAAAGGCUCUUAGAGUGGCUUAUGGAAAUCCAAGGUAAGACGAUCCCUGCUUCCUAUUUUUUAAAAAUGUAACACAAGGGAAAAGGGAUGGGGAGAAGAAAGGCAAAAAGCAAGCUCAGGCACCAGACUUUAAAGUUAACCAACCAACUGGAACGGAGAAAGUUCAGGAAGACAUUUUGAACGGCUGCCAUCAGGUGACAGUUGAAGGAGAGGCCAAGACCAUAAAUAAUCAUGAAGAAAAAUAAGUUACCAUAUAUUACUAUAUUUGUAAAAUAAUAAUUAUAUAGUACAGUAUUACUGUAUAAUUAGUAUUAGCAUAUUGGAAUAGAGAUUGUUGGGGCGCAAUAAAACCAGCAAGGCCAAAGUUCAAAUCCUAUGAAGCCAUGAAGUACACUGGGCAACAAAUCUCUCAUUUCUGGCAGCUGUACAAUAGCUUCCUGCGUACUAUUUUAAGUUAAUUGACUGAAUAUAUACUGAGUCCUGGAUUCGUCACCUUAUUUAUUUCCAUUUGUUAUUUACCCUAAUCCUUGUUAGUUAAAAAUCAAAUAGCUGGGCCCCUUGUGUAUCUUCAACCUUCAUUUCUGUGUACUGUUUAUUUUAAAAUAUUUGAAAAAAGGAAUAUUCUGAUGGAGAAACUAAAAUGAACAAUUCCAUUAGCAUAACCUGAAGCCCCCUGAUCUUUCUUACACUCUAUGUGUACAUAUAAUUUAUAGAGUUGUUCAAAGGUAUGAAUUGUUCUCUUUUUCCUAGAUGUUCUACUGAAGAUUAUUUUGUAUUUUUAUAGUUGAAAGUGAAGAAGAGGCAGAAAGAGUUCUGUUCUCCUAUGGAUAUGGUGCAAAUGUUCCCACAACAGCCAAAAGGCGGUUGAAGCAGAGGUAAGGACAAUACGAACUCGCAGAUGUGUUCCCUCCACUUCCUUUCUCUUUUCCUCUUUAAGAAAGGAAAAGUGUCUCCAUUCUGCAGACAAUUGCUAAUUGUGUCUUUUCCUCUGGUGAGUGGAUGGCGUCUCUUCGGUCUUUGUCUGCAUUGCUUGUUGCACUCUGUGAUACAGGACAUGUGGAAGGGGGGGGUGUUGAUGUGUAGAGAAGGGUGUUGUCAUGGAGAGAUAAAUAUGACUUGAUAAGCUUGUCACCUUUCCCAAGCUCAUAAUUUUGUGCAGCUAAGCAGUUGUAAAUGGCCCUUUCAUAAUCAUCAUACUCAUCUUGCUGCCUUUCUAGCAUGCUUCCUGCCUUUAAAAACAUUAAAGUAUUUAAAAUAUAUUUUGUUAGUGCAUUCAUUCUUACUAAAGCUAAAACUCAAUGGUAAUUGGCUGUGUGUGUGUGUGUGUGUGUGAGAGAGAGAGAGAGAGAGAGAGAGAGAAUGAUUCAAUUUUUAAAUGUGUAGUUUUUAAAUAUAUAUAUAAGUAGACAACAGUUUUAGGUCAGCACAUGGACAUUAACAUCUAAAACGGAUACAUUUUUAAAAAAAAAUUAUAAGAAAUUUCUUAUAUAUAAGCUAUUACUUAAUAGUUGAUGCAUACUGCCUAAUGUUAUAUGUUAUAGUUUUGCAUUGCAACAUACAAAAAUAAAAUUAGUUUUAGCAACCAUUAAAAAAUUGAAAAUACAGUGCUGUGUGUCAGGUUAUAAUGUGAAUCCCAGUGAACGAAAAUAAUCCAGACAUAGCUCAUUACUGUUACACAGUUCACAUAAAAUCAAGAAUUCCUGCAUGAGUCAGAAAAUAAAAUUUGGCUUGAGUGCCGUGCAUCACAUGGACUUUUUCCUCCUUUUAAUGGAUCCAGAGCACCGAGGAACAAAUUCUAGGAGUAAAGAGGUUUUGUUUGUUAUCCAUUCUGGCUUCAAUCCUAUUUCAGUGUAGGAGAAAAAUCACAACCUGUAUUAGUACCACAAUAAUGGGUCCUCCUAUCCUGUGUGGGGAUGCUAAACAUCUUAAGGAUCUAACUAAACUGCAGAGCACAUAGACCCAGUACAGAUAUAAGUAAUGCUCCCUGACCGCCUAAUGUGGUGUAUGAAUUUUAUGAAAUAAAUAAAUAGAUUAAAUAAUCAUCGUUAAGAGCCUGUGAGUUUCCGCUGGGCUUGCACAGUCCUCCCCCCUCGCAUGUGAAUUAUCCCCUUUUUCUGGUGAGUUGAUCAUGGUUGGCAAUAUAUGUGCACCUUUACCAGUCCAAAUGCUAACCGUGACAAACUGCAAACCAGAGUUUGAACCAUGGUUAUGGUAAUCACUGUAUUUUACACCUGCGUGCUUAGAAGCGUGCCUAGUGCUCUUAGCAAAUAAAUCAACAAACAAACAGAAUAUAGGCGUGUGGUUACAGUGCAAAAGAAAUAGGGAAUUUGCACACAGCAGGUGGAAAGAAGGAGAGGAAAGGCGCCCCAAAUCCACGGGGCGUUCCUGAUCAACUUUUGCACUUCCCGAACCCUGCCCCCCCCCUCCAAUGUAAAACAAAACCAAAUGUGUCACCGGGGCUGUAUCUCUCUUUGCACUGCAAGUUUAAAGUCUUCCUUGCAUUGUAGUGUUUUUCUGUUUCAUUAACCAAAAACCACACCAGGGUGGCCAACAGCAAUUGCUCCCCCGCCCCCCGUGUUGCAGCAAGCCUAUUCCUCUUCUACAUUUCAUGACGGUAUCAUUCCGCUGAAAUGACUUAGCGCUAGGGGAGUGGUGGGACUGUUUUUAAGGUCCUAGUCAGGCUCAGUAUGGGAAAAACUAACAUGCCUGACAUUCCAGUAGCACCUUAGAGACCAACUAAGUUUGUUAUUGGUAUGAGCUUUCGUGUGCAUGCACACUUCUUCAGAUGCACACAAAAGCUCAUACCAAUAACAAACUUGGUUGGUCUCUAAGGUGCUACUGGAAGGAAUUUUUAAAUUUUGUUUCAACUGCGGCAGACCAACACAGCUAUCUACCUAUGUCUGGGAUUGUAGUCAAUCCCACUUGAAGGAAACAUAUCUGACAUAAGGUAAGCUGAUAGAUUUGGCUGGAGUUCCCGCAUUAUUCAUCUAUACAAAUCAAUGCUGAAAAGCAAAACCAUAUCUGUUUUGCUGUAGUAAGUCAGCAUUUCUCAAGCUGUUGAAAGCUCUGCUUGUUUAGAAAAUUAAACCAAGAGCAAAUUUCACCACAUGUCUGUCUGUGGCUAGUUGUCUGUUUUUCCCCUUAACGUCUCGCACAGCACAUUUCAACUUCAGCUCAUGCUGCAAUAAAUGCACGUUACUUACAUACACUGUGCUUUAUUGCACUAAGUACAAGUAAACAUUUCCCAAAGAGGUAAUGACUGUUAUAAACUCUCUCUUCCUGGACACACUGAAGUAUUGUGGACAUUCCAAGAGGCCUGCUUGUUUGAAACAGAAAACCAUUUACCUAUGCUUGACUGAACUUGAGCAUAUAAAGUGUUCAUUUCAGUCAAAUUUGGUUUGAAAACAGCAGAGAAGACUUCCUGGCUAUGCAUUUUUGAUGUUUCGUAUAUAAACUCCAGCUGAAAAAGCAAAACACAAAAUGUUUAUUUUUAUCCAUUAGAAAUUAGCUUUAAGCAUCUGAAUCAGCAUGAGAGAAGUUUUGAAAACGUAAUUGUUUUCAGCAUGGUAUGUAUAUUGCUUGCAUAAUUCUUGGUCACAUUGCUGAUUCACGUUAUACACAACAGGCACAUUUAUUUUAUACAGUGGUACCUUGGAAGUCAAACGGAAUCUGUUCCGGAAGUCCGUUUGACUUCCAAAACAUUUGGAAACCAAGGCACCGCUUCCGAUUGACUGCAGGAAGCUCCUGCAGCCAAUCGGAAGCCCCAUCGGAUGUUUGGGUUCCAAAGAACAUUCGCAAACCGGAACACUCACUUCCAGGUUUGUGGCGUUCAGGAGCCAAAACGGUUGAGACUCAAGGCAUUUGGGAUCCAAGGUACAACUGGAGAGAGAGAGAGAGUGUGUGCUUCUUGUGACAUCUGGGUCUUAAAGCUGGCUUCUAAAGGCCUGGACACUCUACCGCUACACUCUACCGCUUCUUUCAAGCUGGCACACACUACCCCAUCUCACAUUUACCACACCCUGUACCCAGCCAGUCAGCACUGCUGGCUGUCUUUCCAUCAGCCAUGAUGGACAGAGGUCCAGAGGGUGUGUUAGAUGCAAAGCAACAAGUUUCUUGUCCAUAUCAUCUGGCCACAUAAAUUGAAAAUUAUCUUAGAAGACAGAGGAGUUGAGCAACCUCAUGACCACACAACAGAGCCUUAGCCCGGGAAAUGCAUGUUCUCCCGUACGUUACCAAAGUUCCCAUGUCUACAUUAAACCCUAUAUCAUCAAAGCUUGCUUCCCAUUAUCAAUUGCCACCAUCACGGAUUGAAUAAAUGGCGGAUUUGGAAACUGAAUAAGAGCAUCUAGUACCUCAUUCAGGCAUAUACUCAGUUUCCUUUAGAACCCAAUUUUAUUUAUUUGUUUGAAGCACUUAGCCAAAAGGUUCCCACAGUAGCUUGCAAAAAUCAAUAGUGAGACAUUUAUUGCGGCAACAAAUGUAUAAGUUGCCAGCUGCAGUGCCAGUUUACUGUUGCAAAAUAUUUUCCUUCAUUAAGGGGACAUGUUAGGAAGUCCAGAGGAUCUGAAGCCUCCCCAUUGAACACCCCCUUUUUCAGUUGCCAACAGCAUAGUGGCAAAUUUCAGUGCUUGUAACACAGAGAAUUGGAUAGACAGCUCUCCCUUUCCAUAAACUGAGAGGGAGAUCCACUUUAUUCUGAAGGCUGUGAGAUGCCCUCCCAGUGACGUAGGAUUCCACUUUGAUUAUCCUCAAUUUGAGACAGUGGUGUUUAAUAUAUCAUUAUGUUAAAUAUAUACUCAAUGAGGAAGAGGUAAAGACUUCCCUAGGUACGUAAAAUGUAUUCAAACAUCAACAUUUUACAUGGUACAGUAAAAAGUUUAAAACUGGCAAAUUCUCAUGAAGUAAUUGUGGAAUCAUCUUGGAAUUCAUUUCAGGAAUGUAGAGAUUUUAUAAACAAGCCUAGAUCUAUAGAUCAUUCCGUUUUGCUGCACAUGCACAUUCACUAAACAGCUGGAGGGGAAGGUCUAGAUUAUGCCCUGCUACUGCACCCAAAUAGGUUAUGGGUGCUCAGUGCAUGAUCUCAACAACAGGAAUGCCCACACAGCCCCAGUUCUGCCCAUAAAAUAAUACUGAAGCCAUUGCAUUCCUGCCAAAGUAAAUUAAGCAUGUUUGAAGUUACAUUGAAAUUUAAUGGGACUUUAUAUCUGUCAAAACACCAAACCUAAAAAUGAUAAAGUUACACCCCAAUAAAGAGAUUUGUAGAGAUUUCUUAUUGUGCAGCUUAAGUGUCUAGACUACUGGUGCUUCAACAAGAAUAUAGCUAUUUGCCUUUUUUUCUGAAUAUAGAAAAUGCUAUCAAUUUUUUCAUUUAUUUGAUAAUAGUUCACCCACAGGACACCAUAUCAACUACAUAAAAUAAGCAAACUUUGCAUUGCUCAAUAAUUGUUUCAUGUUUUUCUUAACUUUUUUUAAAAAAUACAUUACUUCAUGUGUUUACUUCAUUGGUUUUAUAAUUUACUAUGACUUAGAUAAGUGCAAGCUGGAGAGAUGUUUUUCUGUAAUUACUGCCUAAAGGUAAUUUUGUGGUCCAUAGAUGCUUUCUGAUAAUUAUCUAAAAUGCAACAGAUAAAGGCUGUUGCUGCUGUAAGCAAAGUAAUACGAUUAUGCUAUGGGAAAGAAGGGGAAAUAUUGAAUAUUAUUGUUCUAACCCAGUUAAAGCUGCAUGUGUGGCCUAUGGGCUUCGAACAGUAGAGAUGGGAAAGAAUCCAGUUCAGCCCCCAAACUAAAGCAGGUUCUUCCACACCCAAACAUUUCUAAUAUGUUUUAAAGCAGUCUUGAAAAUAAGCUCACCAAAAUACUUUACUAACCUGGCUUCUCACAUACAGCCCACAAAGGGAAGAGGCAGCACGUUUUCAGAAGUUUCUUUGCCUGUUUGUAUGGAGGCUUUUUACCUUUCACAAGUGGGUCAACUUAGGUCCCAAAUACCUGAAAGCCCACCUCCUUCCCUACAGACCUUUCAGGUGUUAUGAUCAUCCUCAUAAUUUGAUAAUUGGAGAGGGCCUUCUCUGUGGCAGCUCCUCCACUGCGGAAUCCCCUCCCCACAGAGGAGUCAACUUCAUAAUGUCGUUCACACCAUAUCCUGAAGAUGCACCUCAUUACCCUGGCCUUUCAUACCUGGGAUGGAUGGAUGGAUGGAUAGAUAGAUAGAUAGGGAUGUGGGUGGUGCUGUGGUCUAAACCACUGAGCCUAGGGCUUGCCGGUCAAAAGGUUGGCGUGACGGGGUGAGCUCCCAUUGCUUAGUCCCAGCUCCUGCCAACCUAGCAGUUCGAAAGCACGCCAAAAAGUGCAAGUAGAUUAAUAGGUACCUCUCCGGCGGGAAGGUAAACGGCAUUUCUGUGUGCUGCUCUGGUGUCGCUGUUCCGUUGGACCAGAAGCGGCUUACUCACGCUGGCCACAUGACCCGGAAAAACUGUCUGCGGACAAACGCCGGCUCCCUCGGCCAGCAAAGCGAGAUGAACGCCGCAACCCCAGAGUCAUUCACGACUGGACUUAACUGUCGGGGUCCCUUUACCUUUACCUAGAUAGAUAGAUAGAUAGAUAGAUAGAUAGAUUAGAUAAUGACUCAUCCUAUUCUAUUCUAAUAGUUUAUUUAACAAAAAUUGUGCACCACUUAAUUGUAAAUAUAGCCUCUAAGCAAGCAGAUGGUUUGCAACCUCUUUUUACUGUUUUUAAUACUGGUUUGUUAAAAUUGUUGUAACCUUACCUGGGACUUCAUGGUGAAGGAUGGGUAAGAGAUCUAAUUCAUGAUUAUCAUCAUCAGGUGAGUGACCGUUGUUUUGUUCUGUUGUGGCACAAAUGGAGAGCUGACAUGUUGUUCCAGAAAUGUCUCUAUAGCAGAAUUAACAAAACAUCUUUGCAACUCAUAUUUUAUUGUCUUGUUUUGCAUCUUAAAGCAUUAGUGGAAAGUGUGGAUAAAAGUAGGUGGCUUCAUUUGUCAUAUUUGGAAGACAUAUCUGAAAUGUCCUUUCCCUCCAUUUUGGCGCAGUGUUCAUUUGGCAAGAAGAUUGCUGCAGCUAGAAAAGCAAAACACGUUGCUUGUAAAAGAUUUGGAGCAUCAGAAGGAACAAGUUGCCCAAAUUUCACAAGAGGUACACAACUCUCAACAAUAUCUGUGUGUGUGUGUGUGUGUGUGUGUGUGUGUAUUCCAUACAUCCUGAAUUGGCAUUUUUAAGCAACAUUUUUACUGCAUUUGUUAUGAUUAGCCAACUGAAGAAAGCAUGCACACUAACCCUUUUCAGAGCAAUUUAUGUUGUAUUAAAGCAGAGAUCAAAAUACAGAUUAGUGUGCAGACUAAACAAAAAUGCAGACUAGACAGAUAAGUCUCUGUUUUCUGAGCUGGGGAAGAACUAGCAAAACUGGUUCAAUGUUCUGGAGGUUUCCCUCCCCUCACAUGUAAUAUUGCUGUUUUUAUAUAGUUUCUUUCAGAUUUCUUAUCCACUAAAACAUACAUAUCUGAGAAGUCACUAGCUUUCCCAGAUUUCUCUGGCUCUUGAGAUUUUUGGCAUACAAAGUUUGUUAACUUCUGACGCAACUGGUAAAAUAGCAAAAUUCUUUCUGAACUUACCAGUCUUUAAAAAUCUGCUUUUAACUGAAAUUUAUGGAGUGUUAUUUUACUGAUACUCUGGUUGUUGCGCCUAAUGCAAAAAUCAUAGAAUUGUAGCAUUGGAAGGGACCCUGAGGGUCAUCUAGUCCAACCCCCUGUGAUGCAGGAAUCCUGCCCACAGCUGGCCCUGGGUGGACUUGAACCACCAACCAUCUGAGUAACAGCCAGACACACUAACCCAUUGUGCCAUGGGGGUAGGGGGCAAAUUGCCUAUAGCCAAAACACACUGGGUUCCAUAGUGGGUGGUCUUGCCAAAGUCAUUUUUCAUGGAACCCCACAACCUUUUUCUAUUUUAUUUUAAUUUUUUACCUUGCACAUAAAGCUGAAUGUGCACAAGUUAAAUGUGCAUAUGUUGCAGGCUUGCUGCAUAAAGAAGGUGCCUUAUACCAAGUUAUACUAGCGUAUCUCCCCAUCCCUGCUGAGCCAGGACCCAGCCAACUGAGCCAAGCUUGAUGGAUUGUAUGCCCUGAGAAAGGGGCGUCCAGGGGUGUGACCAGAGAGUGGGGGCUUAGACUGGUCAGCUCUGUCACAUGACCUGGCAGCCCGGCAUAAGUUAAGCUAGCCAAAAGGGUGGUGUAACUCGGAUACUAUUUUAAAGGCUUGUUUUCCCUCUGUAAGACUGAGAUCUGGGAUCUGACACACCCAUUUAAUUUACACCAGCUUGCUUUACGCCAGCUUCUUGUGCAUAGGAUUGCUCCCUAAAGGCUUUUUACAGUGUUAGCAAGCUAUAUGGGAGCUAAAUACUCUAAAAAAUGAAACUUUAAAAAUUCCUAGGUUAGCAUCCAUUUUACUGAUCUCUCUAGAUUUGCCUUAGGAAGUGUUUGCUAUAUUAUAUAUGUUAUACAUUUGAAAUGAUUGCCAGAUUCUUGAUGUGGUAUGUUCUAAGGCAAGUCUGAGAAGGAAACAAAGAAGUCUUUAAAUGCACAUCUUGGCUGUAUGUCUGAGAUUGUGUGACAGUUGUGGCUCACUCUCAGCCAGUAGCAACUGAAAUUUAAGCUUGAUGAGGUUUAAACUGUUGUCCAGCAACUUUCACAGUUGUGUUCAUGUGCAGUUUACAAGAUGAUGUUAUUAAGAGUGUAUAGGGAUGCGGGUGGCGCUGUGGUCUAAACCACUGAGCCUCUUGGGCUUGCCGAUCGGAAGGUUGGCAGUUCAAAUCCCUGCGAUGGGGUGAGCUCCCGUUGCUCUGUCCCAGCUCCUGCCAACCUAGUAGUUCGAAAGCAUGCCAGUGCAAGUAGAUAAAUAGGUACCGCUGCAGCAGGAAGGUAAAUGGCAUUUCCAUGCGCUCUGGCACUCGUCACGGUCCUCUGUGCUCCAGUAGCGGUUUAGUCAUGCUGGCCACAUGACCCAGAAAACUGUCUGUGGACAAAUGCCGGCUCCCUCAGCCUGAAAGGGAGAUGAGCGCCGCAACUCCUUGCCUUUGACUAGACUUAACUGUCCAGGGGUCCUUUACCUUUUUUAUUAAGAGAGUACAGUUCUCAUUCCUGAAAUUGAAAGAAUGAUACUUUUUCCACCUCACAGCGGGACAGAGGUAAUUCGUUGCUGAACCAAGUACAACAGCCUUACAGGUAUCUCAUUGAGUCUGUACAACAGAGAGAUUCUCAGAUACUUUUGCAGAAAGAACAGAUUGCACAGCUUGAGAAGGAUAUUAGGUAAGCAUUCAGAAUUUACUGUGUAUUAUUUUAGUUGGAUUCUGGAUUCUUUUUCUUCAUUUUAAAGUCAGUUUGACAGCAGGACAGAUUAAACAACAAUGCCAAACGAUGACGGUUUAGUCAAAAGUUUUUAUCUGGCUGCCAGUAUAAAAAAAAACCUACUGCAUUAUUUGUUUGUGCUUUGGUGUGUUUUAUUGGUUGGUUGCAUGUCAUUAACUAUUUUACUUGAACCUUUGAGGAAGCCAUUUUUACAACACUGCUCCUCUUUAUUAAAUUCCUAUUUCAAAGUGGCAAUCAGCACAGACAUUCAAAGAUGUACUGUAAUCUUAGUCACACACAUGAUUUCCUUGCCUCCUUGAAAGUCAGGGGGCAUGAAUUACUCAUGAAGAUUCAAUCUCACUGGUCAGUUGUGCAUUGUCUCUGAAUGAUGGGCUCAAUUUCUUAGUACUUAAUACCACGCCUCCUCCCUAUGAAGUAUCAUUGACUUAGGAAGCAAUGUAUGCAGAGGUUAGUCCUUCUGCAACAUUUUAUUCCCUUUUCUCCAAGGGCAAUGGUUAAAUUCUCAGUGUAAGAAAUGAUUUCUCAAACGUCAUAAAGCUUAUUAUUAUUUGUACAGCCAGACAAGUAUGCUUAAAACAAUGCCUGUGGCUUAUUAUUUGUAGAGAAUCCUGGUGUAGAGUGCUACCCGUGUUCCUCCUUUGCUCUUUAGGUCAGUUAUAGGCAGCAAAUAUGUAUUUCUUCAUUAUAAGGCCGAAGAGCGAACUGUCCCAGCAUCUUACGUUUCACAAGUCAUGCAUUCCAAAGCGAUGUUUCCCAGGUUUCUAUCUGAGGAACAUUUUCUGUAGUAAAAUUGUAGGCACACUUCUUCUUUAACAUGUGAAUUACUUACCCACAGAGGAGCCUGUGCCCUGUGGAUAAGUGCCUCCUAAUUGGAAGUAGCCGAGUCUACAACUUGUAUAGGGAGAUGGCAGGCAAUCCCAUCUAAUGGUAACUUAAUUCUGUUCUGUGUCUCAAAAGCAAUUGAUGGAUGCAGACCCACAACACGGUUACUUUACCCUGGGCAAGAGGUAGGGAGGACAGGGAACUGAUUGGAAAAAGGGAAAGCCAGAGCAUAGAAUUGGGGAGAAGUGCAACAGGCCCCCUCCUUUGCCAGUAGAGACUUUGUGCUAAUUGCAGCUUUUAAUUAGUUUCUCUCUCAAGGCACAUUUGUAUACCCCAGGACAAAUUUUGAGAAUUGCUAAUGUCAUCUUUGCCCUCAGAUAACACGUCAUGUUCCGCUAAUUACAGUCUCUUCCUAUUGUAUUAUAAUAGCAGUCAUUAUAGGAUGUGUGUGCUCCUUAUGGAUCACAGUUAUUAUAUAUGUCUUGAGUGCCACAAGGAAGGCUGGUUUUGAUGUCAGGCCAGUCAGACUGUCCCCUCUCGCCCUGCUCAGGGCCAACAGCCCUGUGAGAAGGAUGGGAGCAAGGAAGGCAUGCAGACACCCUUAGGGCCUGUGGCGGUCAAGGCUGUCCCCUCUCCACCCCACAGGGCCAACAGACACCAUUGCCCUGUGAGAAGGAGGAAGAGGAGGGUUUUGGGGAGGGUGUUGGGACACGGGUGGUGCUGUGGGUUAAACCACAGAGCCUAGGACUUGCCGAUCAGAAGAUCGGUGGUUCGAAUCCCCGCAACGGGGUGAGCUCUCAUUGCUUGGUCCCUGCUCCUGCCAACCUAGCAGUUUGAAAGCACGUCAAAGUGCAAGUAGAUAAAUAGGUACCACUCUGGCGGGAAGGUAAAUGGCGUUUCCGUGCGCUGCUCUGGUUCGCCAUAAGCGGCUUAGUCAUGCUGGCCACAUGACCCGGAAGCUGUACGCUGGCUGCCUCGGCCAGUAAAGCGAGAUGAGCGCCGCAGCCACAGAGUCGGUCACGACUGGACCUAAUGGUCAGGGCUCCCUUUACCUCCACCUGUUUGCAUUAUUGUAAAAUAGUAGAAAUGUAAAAUUGUAAACCACCUUGAACACCUUGGCAAAGAAAGAAGUAUACAAAUCCAAUAAACAAAUCAAAUUCAGAAUUUCCAAGUGGUGUAUAUAAAACAUUUUUAAAGAAAAACAUACAACAAUUACAGUUCAGCUCAGUAACAUAAAGUUUUAACUUUCCAGGAUUAGGGUGCCUGGAACUUAAAACUUUCCAUCUUGCCCACUUCACCUCAUUUCUUAAUUUGUCUCACCUUAAUUCAAAACCAGCAAGGGUAAUGCUGCUCCUUCCUUUUAUUUUUGUUGAUUGUUUUUUAAUCUCAGUUACAUCUAGGUGAUUUAAGCAGAAUAGCGUGGAGAAGCUCAUUGUGACACACUUCAUCUCUUUAUUUAAAGCAGGGGUAGGCAACCUAAGGCCCGUGGGCCGGAUGCUGCCCAGUCGCCUUCUCAAUCCGGCCGCGGAUGGUUUGGGAAUCAGUGUGUUUUUACAUGAGUAGAAUGUGUCCUUUUUUAAAAAAAAUGCGUCUCUUGGUUAUUUGGGGGGCCUGCCUGGUGUUUUUACAUGAGUAGAAUGUGUGCUUUUAUUUAAAAUGCAUCUCUAGGUUAUUUGUGGGGCACAGGAAUUUGUUCUUUUCCCCCCCCCAAAAAUAUAGUCCAGCCCACCACAUGGUCUGAGGGACAGUGGACUGGCCCAUGGCUAAAAAAGGUUGCUGGCCCCUGAUUUAAAGUAUCCCCAAACGAUACUCCACCUUUUUCUCGUAAACCUGAACAAGGACAUAGAGUUGUUCCAGCGUUUUCCUCAUACGUCUUCUACAGCAUUUUUAUCAACCUCAUUUUGUUUUGUUUUUUAAUCUGAAUCCCAUCCAAUUUUUCAACAGCCUCCUUGAACUUUGAUGGCUUGUGCUAUGCUUGAACAAUGCUAAUAAAUCAAACCAGAAUUUAAUUUAUUGUGCUUUUCGGUAUAGAGCAAUAUUAAAGAAAAUUAGCUCAGCUGACUAAGCUCUCUCAUUUGAUUAAUAGUACAAAGCAUGAACUACUUAAACUAGAAUAUUUAAUGUUUAUGGUGGUUUGUCCCAUUGAAAUCAGUGGUACGUGCGAUGGUUUGAAUACUGGUUAAAAUGGCCUAUAGCUCACAGCCUAAAGAUAGCAUUCAUGUUUUUCCUUUUGAAAAUGAGUGUAAACAUACAGGUUUUAACGAGGACAAAGUUUUUCUGUGUGCUGUUGCUUCAGCAUAUGCUCAUGUUUGCCAAGAAUUGCUUUACAAAUUCAUGUUGUAACCAGAAUAAAAGAUUAGAAAAGAUCAUCCCUUGCUAUUACUGUGUUUCCUAAUACUAUCGCUUUUUCUACCAGUCUUUUAAAUAAAGAAAAGGCGGCUUUGCUGCGUGUCAAGAAUCAAAUGGCAGCAGAUUUAGAAAGACUUCUAAAUCACCGUGAGGUAAUCUUCUUGUUUUAGCAUCGCUAUUACCAUAUAUUGGGUUUUUCCCAACAUGUUAGUCAUGGGGCUGUUUUGUUUUUCUCUCCACUAAUGUUAUUAAAUAUACUGGAAGCAAAUGCCCAUCCAGGCACCUCCCUCAUCACAUUUCCCAGGCUGUUUCCCUUUAUCCUCUGCCCCUCCAGUUGCCUCAUAAGGUUGGCUGUUGAAGGUUGCUCUCACUGCUGAAAUUUAACUUGGGUGAUGGUAGCUUCUGUGAUGGAUAAAUUAACUCAUGCCAGCCACAGAAUGUACUGCCACAUCUCAGUCUGACUUGCUUUGUUCAGCAAACUGCACCUUCCCAAGCCAUCAUGGUGGCCUAGGCCAUGCCACGUUACUUCUCUGCUUGGCAUUUACCAUAUUUUUCCGUCUAUAAGACGCCCCCAUGUAUAAGACAUAUGUAUUUUUGGGGUCUCAGAUUUAAGAAAAUCCGUCCUCAGCACUAUCCGUGUAUAAGAUGCCCCCUAAUUUUGGACAUUAAUUUUUAGGAGGGGAAACCUGGUCUUAUACACGGAAAAAUACGGGAUUUGUUUUUUAUUUGGAAAAUAUAUAUUCACAUUUCUACUCACGGGGCCACUGGGAAUACACAGUUUGUUCUCAGCACAACUUGCAAAGCAGGGCAGCCGUCACUGAAACCAUGGUUUAGCAUUACACAAGCAGGCCAAAGCGAGCCUGAGUCUUGUGUCAUCCUCCAUCUCCCCCACCUCCUCUAUUGCAACCACAAGAGAAGUAAUUGAAGUUUUUCAUUUCCAAAUACAGGCAUUUUCAAUGUUACGUCUGAAUCUGGACAAACUGUGUUUAGUUUUCGUUCGUUUCUGUGAAAUGUAGUUAAUGUCAAUUUGUGGUUUAUGCCUCCAGCUUCUUUAUUAGCUGAGGUUAAUAGAGAAUCGGAGCGAAAGCUUCCAAUCUUCUUGUGGACAAGGGUGGGGCGGUGGUGGGGGAGUGCAUGAGCCCAAGGCUUCCCAGGUUUUGUUCACUUCAGUUUAGUGUUGCAUCAAAACAAGGCUGUUCUCUUCCCCCCCCCCCCCACUGGAAAUGUCCUGAGAUUACCAAGGUAGAAAACUGAAAAUCAAAUGGAACCACUUGGUCCUCCAAAACCAAGAUCUAUCUUUGAUUGGGAGGAGUUGGGGAAAGAGGCUGUGUGUCUCUUGAUGCAUUGCAUUCCUUGCUAGAAUACUUUUAAAAAUUGUACUCAACUGUGAACACAGAUAUAUGCUUUUUGUAUAUAUGUUUAAACUCUGUAUUUAGUACCUUGGUGCCACUCUGGGUAUUAUUUCACUUGAGCAAUUAAGUUAAUAUCUGUGCGCUUAAUUUCUUCCUCUUUUAAAUCAUUAUAUCACCCCUUAUUCUGCUUUACAAAUGUGUUCUAGGUUUAACCAUUGGCAAAGUACUUUCAGAUGAUAAAAUGAAAAGUUCUAUUAAAUUACAAAGAGCUUUAGUUUGUGUUAAGAACUCUUGGUACAUUAAUUUUCAUAAAUGCCACCAGCUGUUUUCUUUAUACAUUUAUUAGCUACCAUUGUCUUGCAUGUGUAAUGAAUGGUUAAGUUGUGAUACACAUGCUAUUAAAAAUAUUUUAGUACUUACACUAGAUGUAUUAUAGCAUUUUAUUAUGUCCUUAACACAUGGUGUCAUGCAGUAUUAACAGAGGACUCAUUCAUUUUACCCUCUGUGAAAAAAGAUGUUUCUCAAGAAGAGAGCUUUAAAUACAUGCAAAGACAAAAGUUACCAGCUUUAUAUAAACUGUUGAAGACUUUGUACAUUCUCCCACAACAAGAUGUUAACUAUUCUAAAUGUGCUUCUUUUAUCUGGCGGCAUUUCGUGAAACUUGAUUAACAAAAUCCAUCUUAGCAACUAUUCUUAUAUUCCUUAAACUAGAAGAAGGAACAUGACUCCCAUGUUAGGUUGCAUGAGGCCCUGGGUGCCUGAGCACCCACAAAAGUCCCCAUGAAGGGGCUGGGCACCCACAAAUUCCAGUGCCAGGGCCAUGCAGUCUGCAUGGCACCCAUGGUCGCGGGGCGAAGUUGGCACUCCUGUUAGGUUGUACCUUAUAAUGGGGUUAUUGAAUGUCCAUAUUGUUGACACUGUCGAGCUAAACUUCCUUUAUUACUCCUGAAAAACUCUGUGUCGUAAACACUUACAGUAAAAAAAUGUAUCACACCAUUACAGUACAAGUCUUUACGGAUAUGAAAGUAACUUAGGUUGCCAUCCACUGAACACAGUCGGGCCUACUUUUGAGUGGACAUAUAUAGGAUUGCACUGUUAAUGAAGCAGUAAGAUUUUGAAUUUUUUUGGUCCCAUUGUGUUUAUGCUGUGAUGUACCAUCUUGGCCGUCUCUUAGUGCAGACCCAGGUCAUCAGGCUUGAGCUUCUACAGCCGCCGCCUGCCAUGAACCACCAUGGCAGGACUGGCAGCAACAGCAGCAGAUAUGUUCUAUGCUAUUGAUGAUAGAUCCUCUUGUUAAUUGUGCUGUUUUAAAUGUGCAUUUUAUAUUUUACCUCCUUUAGUAAAGUUUUUAUUUGAGAUGUUUAAGAUAAUAUUUUAGUUUCCCGUUAAUUAUGUUGCUUUGAAUGUAUACUUUAUAUUUGACUUUCUUCAGUAAUGUUUUACUCUGGAUUGUUUUAUUUGAUGUUUUAAUGUUGCUGUAAACUGCUUUGAGAUUUUUUUCCUUUAAAAUAUGAAGUGGUAUAGAAAUGAAAUUAAUAAUAAUAACCAUUGUAUCACCAUUGUAUCACCAGUGCUUUUAAAAAUCUCUCCACUGUGUUAGAGUCACAUGGCAACAAUGAAUUACAACUGAAUUAAGUUGCUGAAUUACAACUUAUUACCAAACUUAAAACCAUGGAGAGACCUGGUCUGAAUAGAGACAUUGGAUUCUUAUCUCAUUUUACAUGAUAAAACUAUUUUUGGCCAUCUCAUCCCUUGCUUUUUCCUGUAAGACCAAUUGCAGUCAUUAACAGUCGUCAACGGCAACAUCUUAAAAAGCAGAGACAUCACCUUGCCAACAACGGUCCGUAUAGUUAAAGCUAUGGUUUUCCCAGUAGUGAUCUAUGGAAGUGAGAGCUGGACCAUAAAGAAGGCUGAUCACCGAAGAAUUGAUGCUUUUGAAUUAUGGUGCUGGAGGAGACUCUGGAGAGUCCCAUGGACUGCAAGAAGAUCAAGCCUAUCCAUUCUUAAGGAAAUCAGCCCUGAGUGCUCACUGAAAGGACAGAUCCUGAAGCUGAGGCUCCAGUACUUUGGCCACCUCAUGAGAAGAGAAGACUCCCUGGAAAAGACCCUGAUGUUGGGAAAGAUUGAGGGCACAAGGAGAAGGGGAAGACAGAGGACGAGAUGGUUGGACAGUGUUCUCGAAACUACCAGCAUGAGUUUGACCAAACUGUGGGAGGCAGUGGAAGACAGGAGUACCUGGCGUGCUCUGGACCAUGGGAUCACGAAGAGUCGGACACGACUAAACAACAACAACUGUCGUCAACAGGUCUACCACAGCUAUCAGCCAAUCACCCAUUCCCACCACCCUUCUGAGUGAUACCCCACCCUACCCUCUCACUAUAUGUAAAGGUUUGGUGACUUCUGUUUCAGUGUAUCUGAAGAAGUGUGCAUGCACACGAAAGCUCAUACCAAGAACAAACUUAGCUGGUCUCUAAGGUGCUACUGGACAAUUUUUUUCCUAUGGCAGCAAUGAGCUCUCGUGAGAAUUCCAGCAAGAUCUUGCCAGAAGCCUCCACUGUGCGACCCCGGUAAGCGAGGCUUCCGCAGGGGGACAGGCACCCCCGGGCAGUGCGGUAGCUGCUGCUGUUGCUCUGCCUAAGAAUGGCCUGGCUGAGCAAGUUGCACUGGCGUGUCUCUGACUGAGCCAGGGUUGAUGACUUAAUGCCAGCUGAGACAGGAAUCAUCCAGCUAAGCCAUCGUAAGCUGUUCAUCCCAGCAGAUCUUGCCAUAGGAUUGCCCCCUAAGAGUCUUGAGAAAGAUGCAAGAAGCAGGCAGGUAGUUUUAAGGGGCAGAUAAGCAGAAGCAAGUUCAGAAGUGCUUUGGGUAAACUGUCAAGAAAGGCUGCCAGCGGCCUUUUCUUGCCUUAUCAGAGCUCGGCACAACUGGGGUGGUUUAUGUUUCCUGGAGGAAACCCUGGAGUGAAGCAGGGCAGAGUUGGGGAGAGAAUAAUAGCUCAUUCUGUCCCAGAUGCUCUGUGCAGAUAACAGUAUUUAUUACAUAAAAUACAUGCCAAAAGGCAAAAGGUCUCAGUCUGAAAAAGCUUACCUUCCACGGCAUUCAGCAAACCUCUUGCCUCUUGACUUUUUCCUUUUCUAUACUAGAGUCACAGCUACACUGUUUUUUGAACCGUUGUCUGGCUACACAGUGGAUAAUACACUUGCUUGAAUACACUUGACAGAUUACAUAUGUUUUUAUAUUGUUCUACAUGGGCAAUUUAGGGCCAGAUUCAGAUUGAAUUAAAAUAAACCUUUGUGUGAGAUCCAAGAAUGUUUCACAGGCCUUGAAAAGUGUUUCUUUCUUUCUCCGAGGCUUGUGUGGUCUGAUAAGUUUCCAGUCACACAUUUCCUUUUUAUUGAACUGCUGAAAGACUACUCUGCAUUUCACAAAAGACACAGGGAAUGUGAGAUAAUGCAUUUUAUUAGGCCGACUCACAUUCAGAAUGUAGGAUAUGGGCUUCCAGGUGUUUCUCAGGUUGUAUAUUCAAGGAAAGUGGAGUGGGCAGCCUGCUGUUUCUGUGAUCCUUAUUUUGACGAUUCUAAAAAGCAUUCUACCUCGCCCCCCAGAUAUGCUAUGUUCUAAGACUCAUGAUCAUCCUUGCACUUCAUCCUUCCCCUCUUUCUCUUCCUGCUGCAAUUGCUGCUCUCAUUUGGAGGAUCCCCCCUUUGUACUGUGUACAACAGUGUUUGGAUGCUUCUGGUGUUUCUGCUAAUUUUCUCAUUCUCUGGAGGCCACUGGGUGGAGGGGCUUCUUGUCAUCGCCCUUGCUCACACCAUUAAAUACUUCCUGAGAAGAAUGAGAAUGGGCAGCAGCAGCACAAGAAGUUUCCAGGACUGGUGUGCUUGCUUGCUUUAUUUGCUUAUUUGUUUAAAGCAUUUAUACCCAACCCUUCAGCCAAAAAGCUUCCCAGAGUGGCUUGCAAAAUUCAGUAGUCAGACCUACUUACAAUCUUAAAGACAUAAAGACAUUCCCAAGGAAAGGAAUAGAAAAGCCACUUCUCAGAGCAGCUGAUGGCAACAAGGACAUCCCAGCUCCUUGCCCACAGGAGACAUGUCCUUUAGAGGACUCCCUCAGCAGCAAAGGGGCUGUGGCUAUUUUUCAUCAACAUUUGUUUUUCUCUCUUUAGCCACCAAGCCAAUACAACCGGUUCCAGUGAUACCAAAGAGGAAAGUGGGGCAGCAUUUGUCCCCUGCACCCUCUACAAAGGAGCUCUCACUCGAAAACAUCCCCCAUAAUAAGCCCUAUAGAAAUAGCUGGAUAAUAUCAGAAUCAGGAGAGGCCUUCCAAUACUGGUGCCUGGAUUCAGUGGUGUUAUGGAUAAUGCAAAAUAAGCUGAGACUGAAUAUUGGGGAGAUAGAAGCUCACUGUGGGUGAAUGUCUGAAAAAGUGGCCAGUUGCCUGUCCUGGAAAGCCUUAUAACUGGAAGAACUUGGCAAUCAUUUUUUAAUGAUUUCUGUGCAGUUGUGCAUGCAUUUUACUUACCAAACAAAACUAAAUUAUAUUGAAUAUCUUUUGAAUUUCCAAGUAAUGUUACAACUUUUUAACAACACUUAUUUCUGGAAUUUGAAAGUUGAAAAAUUCAGCACACCCUACUUAGAGGUAGCACCUAAUAUUGAUUCCGCACAUGUAAGAAAUCAGUCUUUCAAUGUGACAGCACCAAAAGUUUGGAACUCCUUGCCUAUUGACAUAAGACAGGCAUCUUCACUGUACCUUUUCCCCUGGAUGGUUAAGUCUUGUCAAAGGCAUGCUGGCCACAUGACCCAGAAAGCUGUCUGUGAACAAACCUUUUCCAUUACCUGCUUAAAACAUAUACAGUUGACUCUCCAGAUACGAAUUAAAUUCGUUCCGGGGGUCCGUCCCCCGGAACACGAAAAGUCCGUAGGCAGAAGCGCCGCUUCUGCACAUGUGCAAAGCGUGCAGUGAAACUCAGAAUUAUGCACUUCUGGGUUUGCGGCAUUCGUAACCCAAAAGUUACAUAUCCAGAGUGGUACAUAACUAGAGGGUUCACUGUACAUCCAGACAUGUAGAUGCAGAUGUGUUUAAUCUUUUUAGUAUAUUGUUACUUUUAAUUAUCUUUUAAAUGUAUUUGCUACUUAUUCAGCUUUUAUAAGAAAUCUUAAAAAAAGAUCAAUAAAGGUCACUUGAGGUUUUAUUACAGCCAAAUGGUAUAUAAAUUUGGGAGUUUUAAAAAAGAAAAAGAAAAAUGGAGACUAGAAUGAACAGGACUAAAUAUUGCCAAUGCUCAAAAUACCUAUUUCAUCUCUGAAAUAUUUUCCUUUUUUGUCAUGAAUAUCCAACCCAUUGGGGGUGGGGGAGAUGGGUCAGUUGAGGGAUUUCCUUUUUAUUCUUUUUCCAUUUUGUGUUUUGUAUUAACUGGAAAAGAAAAAUAGUUUUAAAAAAUGAAUAUCCAGUCUCGUCAUGAGUUCUGUGAAAUUCUAAAGCUGUCAAACUGCAUUGUAUUUAAUCUAAUCAACUGUGCACCUCCCUAAAAAAGGCUUAUCUGUUCUGAUACUGAAAUCCUGUGGCAUGUGAAGGUGUUUGUCAGCUUUUCUAUAGCUGCGUCUCCUUUUACUAGAGUUGUUCUCGACCAUGAUUAAACUACUGAACCUUUCUAAAGGUUAUUUACCUGAGUUAGUCAGUAGACUGAAGGCAUUCUUGAAAAGGCCUCUGGCUCUCCUACAACUCUGAGGUUAUUAACAUUGGUUUUCUGUUUUGUCAGGGAACAGCAAACAUCUUUCUAGUUGAAAAGUUGAAAGCAGGCUUUUUGGUUAAACUGCCUUUAGCCAAGUUCCUUCCUUGUUUUGCUUUUUUAUAAAAGGCAAUUUCAGAAUUAUGUUUCUAGGGAGAAUUUAUUCUUCCUUUUUGCAUAUGUGCUACAACCUUCUAAAUAAAAAUUUGCUCUUGAACAAUGCUCAGUUCCUUCAAACAUUCAGCCACGAGGUAAUUAUCAUUUUUCUUCCACUAAGUUACUGUUCUGAGAUCCUUGCUUCUAUUAAUGUCCUGUUUGUGUAUGCACACACAUACACAGAGAGACAAGAGAUUACAGGGAAAUUUCUGUAUCCCUAGUUAGCCCUGGAGCUAUUCUCAACUACAGUUUAGAGAAGCAAGCAACAAUUACACUGCUAAGUGAUUGUCAAGACAGUUCAGUUCCUAUUGUGCUGUUAUCAGCACUUCUCAUUUUUAUUUUAUGUUAUCUAUUGAGUUAUUGUGUUACUUAAACAUGAAUACAAAAAGGCUGCUGAAUUUAGAACACCUGGAAGCUUUUUGGCAAACAGGGCCCAUUCAUGCACACAAUUUUGGGUGAGAAGGGGCAGCUUUGAGUAACUUGCUUCUCCUUCUUAGACGCCCCCCCCACACACACACCUGAGAAUUGUAUUUUCAUUUAUUGUGUCCUAUAAAGUAAACUUGUGCUGGAUAAAAUCUGGCUUUCAGGAAACACAGCUUCCAUGUGCUACAAAAAUAAGCAAGGCUUAUUGUAAUGUAAAUUGAUAGGAAUGCAAUGUAAGCGCCUCGGAUUUUGAUUUAGAGGGGAAAUGUUCCGCAAAAUAUAGGCAAAAUUCAUUGUGUUUGUUUAGAUUGCAAACUGGCAAGCACGUUAUACAGAACGUACUUUGGAGAGAGCCAAGUUUUUUAUUAUUAUUGUUAUUAAGGAUAGGGGUUUUAGCAAGAAACAGUUGCCAGUAAGAUCAUCCAAAUAUUUAAAGAGUCCUUAAUUCAUUUUCCCAGGCGACUGUGAAUCUUUCAAUCAUGUUGCAGUAGCUGUCCAGCUGUGUAAACCCUUCUAGUUUUCUAUUCAGAUAUAACAAAUGAACAGAAACAUACUUAUGAACCACCAAAGCAGCAAGAGAUAGCUCUGGAGCAGAAACACCUACAGAUAUUCUGUACGUUUGUUUUGUUUUUUAAGGAAUGGGUUGUUUUCCUCAGAGUAGACCCAUUGAGAUCUCAUAAGUAAUUUGGGAUGCAUUCAGUGCUUGGGAUCCCAAGAACUACUCUAGUACACUUUAUAUCAUUGAGCAGGGGUCAGCAACCUAAGGCCCAUGGGCCAUAAGCAGCCCACAGGGGUCGUUUAACCGGCCCAUGAGCUGCUCCCAAACCAAGCUGCCCACCCAGCCAGUCUCCGCAUGCUGUUCUAAACCAGCACUGCACGGGGACUCGCUUCCAUGGCAUCAUAAAUCGUAUCUGCGCAUGCGCAGACGCCGGAAAUCGUGUCUGUGCAGAUGCCGGAAAUUGCAUCUGUGCAGAUGCUGGAAAUCGCUGCAUUUUACAUUUUAAAUUUUACCUUUGUGUACUUUGCCUGAAAGUUAUGUUCAUUGUGUCAACCAAACUAUACAAUACAUUCAGAGUUUACCCAAAAAAAUCCCUUGCUCCAGCAGACAGAACAAAGUUCUUUGUUUUGUUUUCAAAGGGUUGUGAUAUAGGUUGUGAUCUCCUUCCACAAAGCAUUGUCCUGCUACAUGUGCCAGAGUGUUGUCAAACUCUGCUUCUCUUAAAGGGGUCAAAGGCAGCACACAACUGUCAUGACAGGGGCACUAUAACACCCCCCAAAAAAACAACAACAACAACCUACUAUUGUCAUGGGCUCUGUGGUUUGAACCAGCUCAUGGACUGAUGCUGCAAUAAGGCUGAAAAGCUCUCUGGGAAUGGAUGCACUCAGACUGCUUCCAGUUCUCAACCCAAUUCAGAGUGUCAUUUAAGACCCUUAAAGUUGCAAAUAGUUUGGGACCAGGAUACAUUAAGGACUGCCUUGUCUGAUUUCCCUUCUCAUUCGGGAAGACUGGCACUAGAGAGCUAUAACAGACUGAGCAGUAUUCAGUUACAUAUUGCGCUAGCGAUUUCUCCUCCCUCCAUGUGUGCUCUGCGCCAUCCCCAAAUCUGUUCUGGAAGGUUUUGGGGGGGAACCAAAGCAGAUUUAAGGGGAAUGCAGCGUGCAGGGGGGAAAGAUUUUUCUUGCACUUGUGGAACAAUCUGCUUAGCACUACGUUGUGCUUGUAUUGUUCCUUUGCUCAAUUUAUAUCGUGUUCCAUGAAGCUUUGGCUGGGUAGCAAUUCGCUGAUCUUCAAAGCCCCCACUUAAAAUGAUUACAUUUAAAUAAAAGGUUCUCGCAUCACUUCUGGAAGACACCUAGAUACUGGCUAGAAGAGGUUUUCAUAAAACCUUUUUUUUUUUUUUUUAGUGUAUGGAAGGCUUUCCUACUUUCUCAAAUGUGAUUUCCUCAUGUUCUGUGAUGGAAAUUAAGACCAUGACUUACCUCAUGCAAGGCUGCGCUGGUUUACAAGGAGUUGGGAAGAUUUUUGGAGAGGGCAAGAGAGUUGGCCUCUCUCCAGGAGAUACGAUGGCCAAAUAACUACUAAAAGAUUGCUUUGUGUUCUCUGAAAUGUAAACUCUCUAUCAGCCUGAGAAUUGCCUACCAUUGUCAUGUUUUGGAGUACAAUUUCAACAUCUCUUCAAUCGGAAUAUGGUGCAGCAAAGUAGUACUCACAGUGGUUGCUAAAAUGAAAACAUGAUUUGCAUCCCUAUUCUAAACCUGCCUGAAUACUUAUUUCCAUAGCUUCCCAGUGGAUAUGCUUAGGAUUGCAGCCUCAGUACUGUAAAGAUGAAGCAUGUGCUUGUAAUAUAAUUGUCCAAGUUAUUUUCAUCGAGAAAUUUUGUCUAUGCAUUGCUUUGGCAACAUCUUUGCAGAGUUUACAACUUUCAGCAACAUGUUGGUAUCAGUUAUGCAGCCCUUUGAAACAGCUGCUCUGCAGUUGAGCUGUUUUGACAUGCCACUGCACAUGGCUGAAUUAUGCAAAUACUUGCAAUAUUAAAUGACUGAGCAAUAAGAAGAAUGCACCCAGUGGAUAAAGUGGUUUGGUGUGCUUUAAGGGUUUGCGGUAGUGUUAUGAGGAGCCCAUAACUGAAAUAUUGGGCAUUUAUUAAGUAGAUGUAACAGUCAGUACAACAAAGUGUGCCUAUUUUUACCUUUUGAGCAGAAGAAUUUACAUCCUACGGUAUUAUAGAGCUGCUUAUAAGUAAUUGUGUAUGAGGAAUGGCAUGCUUUCAUCCUCCAAGGCUCAUUUUCAUAAUUGUAACCAAAACUGUGAAUCAAUGUGAAUUAAGAAAUCUAUUGUUAACUUACAGUCUACUGCUACUUGCCUGUUGUUGUCUGACAUUAAACUGCAAGCAUUCAUUUUUUACACCAUUGUUGCAUGAGUUUAUCCAGGCCUCCUUACAUUUCCCUGAAGCCCAAAUCAUUGUGAAAUAGAUAAAUAUUAUCUGUCAAGAUGAAAAAUGACAAACGGAACCCCAAACUAGAAUUUACAUGCCCAGAUGGUUCUGUUAAUUUACUGUUUUCCAACUUCUGAUAAUGAAGAAGACUCAUUUUCAGAACUGAAACUGGAUGCUUGAUUCAUUCUUGUGUUUAAAAGUGUUUGCUUUGGUUGGUUGAAGUAUGAAGUAUGAAAGGGGUAGAAUAAUCCACCCUCAACAGAGCUCUGCAGUUGUAUUCAAACAUAACAUUUAACCAGGGUUUAGCACUAUGUCUACUACAUCCCCUCACCUCCCAUGCAAUGCGGAAGAGAGCUUCAGUAGAGUUUAGUUUCACUAUUAGAAAAUCCUGGGUUAGCAUUAUACUAAAACAAACUGGUUUGUUUAGCAAACCAGCUUCAUAACCUUUGGUUUGACAUUGACUUGUUGCAUAAAGGUAAAGGGACCCCUGACCAUUAGGUCCACUCGUGACCGACUCUGGGGUUGUGGCGCUCAUCUCGCUUUAUUGGCCGAGGGAGCCGGCGUACAGCUUCCGGGUCAUGUGGCCAGCAUGACUAAGCUGCUUCUGGCAAACCAGAGCAGCGCACGGAAACGCUGUUUACCUUCCUGCCAGAGUGGUACCUAUUUAUCUACUUGCACCUUGACGUGCUUUUGAACUGCUAGGUUGGCAGGAGGACUUGUUGCAUAAUUUAACAUAAUUCUCUUAAACUGAUAUAACUACUUCAACCAUAGCACUAAGUUGAAGUGUUUUAACUGUCAAGCUAAACACUGCCUCAGCACAAGCCAUGGGGAAGGGAGAGGUGCACACCGAUGGGGCGCAUUCAUGCUCAACCAUGUAGUGUGCAAACAUGGCCUAUGUCUCUCUCUUCAUUACUUUACUGAGCAUCUCUCCCGAUUGGGAGGCAAGUUCAGAGCACUGACUUGUUGAGAGAGGCAAAAAAUUGCUUUUCUGUUUCAGAGAGGGAAGCUCGUCUCUUUACAACAUUUUUUCCUAUAUUUACUGUGAUCUUUGUAGUGUGCAUGUCUUCUCCUGGAUGUUCCCACUCCUCUCGCUUUACUGGGAGUAAUAAGUGUUUUUUAUAUCUGCCUUUGUAAGACAUGCUCUCUUAUCCCAGCCAUCUGCCUCUUAUUUGUAAGCAUGCAGAUUGGAUUAAGCCAGUGCUCUGCCUUUUCAAAACAAACCUUUAAAAAGAAUCGUUUUAAAAUAAAUGGCAGUUUAAGUGAAAAAGAGCCAGUGGGAUGCUUAACUGUGCUCUGUAAAUCUUUUUCUGUCACAGCAUUUCACAAAUGAUGAGCUCCUAUUUAUAUAAAUCUUGUGCCUUUUUUAUUUUAUUACUUCCUUUAUGAAGUGGUUUCAAAUAAGUAAUCAGACCAGAAAGGGAGAUAACCAUCCCUAUUGUACUGUAAUGAUUCCAUUUCCAUGCUUUGGUGAAUAGAAAAUGGGUGUUCUAUAACUAGUAAUGGAGGCUUAUAGUUUGACUUCUUUUUUGUUAAGGAACUGGCUGUGAUGAAACAGAUGUUGAUUCGUCUUCAUGGUAAACCCCAAGGAGAUAGUUUGCCCCAGAAACAGAGUCAAAAUCUGCAUGCAAAAGCCGUAACAAGUCCAGCAGUCAGUUUGCCUUUUGAACACGAGGAAGGAAAUGUCUUUGCACCCAAACCAACAUUAUUUGUAAGUACAGCAACAGUUUUUAUUUAUUUUCAUGGUACAGCAACUUUUAUGCUUUUUAUUAGAUCUUGGUAGAUCAGUGUGGUAGAUACAAUGUUGGAACUAUGAGCUCUCAAAUAAAAAUAUGUCUAUUUUAUUUUCAUUAAUUAAAUCUUUAGUCCACCCUUCCACCAAAGUGUUCAAGGCCGCAUACAUGGUCUUCUUACCCAUUUUAUCCUCACAACAAAUUACCGUAUUUUUCGCUCUAUAGGACGCACCGGACCAUAGGAGGGGGAGAACAGGAAAAAAAACAGAAAAGCAGCUUUGGGCUGUUGCCUGCUAUCCGCAAGCCUUCUGAGCCUGGUGGGAACUCCCGCCGGGAUCCGCAGGCUUGCGGAUAUCUGCCCGAAGUCCAGGGUGCGCAGAGCUGUGCUCCCCGGGCUUCGGGCCGCAGGCUGUUAUCCGCCAGCCUUCGGAGCCCGGCAGGCACUCCCGCCGCGCUCCAAAGGCUUGCGGAUAGCUUCCUGAAACCUGGAGAGCAAGAGGAGUUGGUGCGCACUGACCCCUCUCGCUCUCCAGACUUCAGCGAAAGCCUGCAUUCGCUCCAUAGGACGCACACACAUUUCCCCUUCAUUUUUGGAGGGGGGGAAGUGCGUCCUAUAGAGCGAAAAAUACGGUAAAUGUUUAGUCCACCCUUCCACCUAAGUGUUCAAGGCAGCAUAUCAUGGUCUUCUCACCAUUUUAUCCUCACAACAACCCUGUGAGGUGGUGACUCAGGAUCACCUAGCGACCUUCAUGGCUCUGUCAGGAUCUGAACCAGGAUCCGAUACUCUAACCACCAUACCAGAAUGCUCCUAAUAAAGAGAGAAGUGAAUACAGUGGUACCUCUGGAUGCAAACGGGAUCCGUUACAGAGACCUGUUUGCAUCCUGACGUGAACGCAACCCGCAUCUGCGCGGGUCGUGAUUCGCCACCUCCGCGUAUGUGCGUGGCGUCAUUUUGAGCAUCUGCGCAUGCGCGAGCGGCGAAACCCGGAAGUAACACGUUCUGUUACUUCCGGGUCGCCGCAGAGCACAACCCAAAAACGCUCAACCUGAAGCUACUUCAUCCCAAGGGACGACUGUAGUUCCUACGGGGCAGAGCAAUCCAAGCUAUCGGACGUCAGCAUAUGUUACACCAGGGUAAAUUAUCCUGGGGCAAUUUAUUCCUGUUCCAAAUUCAGGAGCAAGGAUACUGCCAACUGAGCUGGUCUGAGUCUCGCAGAGGGAAAACAAGGACCACCGCUUUCCGUUUAAACCUACCCAGACCCUGAUAUUAUCUUCUGAGGUCCUUUUUCGUGUGCCUCCUCCACGACAGGUCCAGAGGGUGGCAACACGGGAACGGGCCUUUUCUGCAGUGGCUCCCCGUCUGUGGAAUGCUCUCCCCAGAGAGGUUCAGCUGGCCCCAGGCAAAAACAUUCCUCUUUAACCAGGCCUUUGGCUGAUUGAGGGUUGCCUUUAUUUUUGUUUUAUGUAUUUUCUGUUUUUUAUAUGUGAUUUUCUGUUACAAACCACACUCAGCUCUACGGGUAUAGGGGAGUAUACAAAUAUACCGUAAUUAAGAAAUUAAGAAAAUAAUAAGCAAACCUUUAAGAUAGAAUUAGACUUACACCACCCUAUUUGCCAGUGUCACUUCCACUGUGUUGCUAGGUCACAUGACUGAACUAAACAGAGAUUGGAAGAGGGAAAUGUCUCCCCCUGCCAUGUUCCUGCAAUGUCCCUUUUUCGAGACUUAUGCCAGCUGAGCCAGGAUGGAGGACUUAGGCAGUGCAUCUGUGGCUGAGCCAGAAUGGGGGACUCCAGCCAGUGUCGCCACAGCUGAGCCCAGGCUCAGCCAGAGCCCCACCUGUACCCAAUUCCACUUACCCUCACAGAUCUUGGAUUUGGAUUGCUCCCAUAGCUGCUCAAGACACAUAUUUAAGUGUCACCAUGAAUCACACAUUUCCUCUAAGUGGCGAUUUGGCCCCUCCAGUCUUAAGUCCGACACUAACUUAAAAACUACACAAGCUCUCAAUAAGCAGACGCCCACAGAACUUUAUGGAAAUCCUGGGAAAUGGCUUUGCAACAAAUGCAAAUAGGAGAAAAUUACCUCCCAGGUUUGACAGUAAAGGUGAUUGAGAAAUAAUAAAUAUGCUCAAUGGAACAGUGUCUUGGAUAAAGAAAAGGUAUUCCAAAUAAUAAACUUCAUUAUGCUUCUUUGAGGCAUACAUCCAUUUCAGCAAUGACUAAUCUAAAUGGAUGCCAUGUCACACCACCCUAUGUCUUUGUUCCGUGGUUAUUCCAAAGAUUUGACUGCAGAACCUUGUACUGUUGUUGUUGUUGUUUGAGAGGAGGGUGCAGGGAGGUCAGGAGAAAUCGUAUCUGCUAAUCACAAUCUGAACACAAGAUUUCUGUUUGAAUUUGGUGCAGCUCUCUUUUGUGUAUCUUCUGCAAAAGAAGAUAUGGUCAGUGGGCCUUAAAGACAGAAUGCAAGUGAGACGGUGUUAACCUUAUGUAAUUGACACCGCUACUUUCAAGUCUUAUUUUCCAAACAUCUCUAAUACUAAAUUAAUUGUCCUUAGUAUAUCUCCGUAUUUUAGCACAGCUGCUGUUUCCCCUAGCUCUUCUUUAGCAUCUUCAUGAGUUGAAAGUUUUUUUUAACACCUUAAUAUAUAGUAUGCCAUUAUUUUUCACUGAAGAGAGCUAUAUUUAUUCCAGUCACAUUGCAUACACAAAGUAUGGGGCUGGAUUAAACUAACUCAUUCCACCAGCAGAAGGACUCCUACUAGCACAGUGGGACUUCCUCCCCAUGCAUGCCCCCUGCACCUUCUGCAAGUCUACUUUGGAGGGUUGGGAGAACCGCCAGAGCAGUGGGGUCUGGGGGAGAUCUUUUUGUUGUGCAAGCAGAAAUGCUUGCACUGACAGAAGCAUCAAAUUGUCCAGGCAACAGAUCAUAGAAUCAGAGUUGGAAGGGACCUUGAGGAUCAUCUAGUCCAACGCCCUGCAAUGUGGGAAUGUGCAGCUGUCCCUUAUGGGGAUCAAACCUGCAACCUUGGCAUUAUCAGCACCAUGCUCUAACCAACUGUUGAAAUUAGCAUCUUGAUCAGGGGUGAGCAACCUAGGGCCCACGGAUCAGAAGCGGCCUGCAGAGGUUGUUUGACCGGCCCCCGAGCCGCCCCCGAACUGAGCUUCCCACUCGCACAUUGGGCUAAACCGGCAAGGCACAGUGUGGGGACUUGCUUCCGUGGCCCCGAAAAUCACAUCUGCGCAGAUGCCAAAAACCACGGGCGGGUGGGCGAUCAGGCCCACUGAGGGAUCUCUGCGGGACCAAUCCGCCCCAACAAGAUAAACCUUGCUGACCCCUGAUCUUGAUAAUGAGGGUACCUCUAGACCGGAUAAGAGCAGAAAGACAGCUUCUGAAACAAAGCAAGGUACUUGUUGUUAUGGAGGUUUUGACCCAUCAGGUUUUUUUUAUAAUAUUGGUAACAUUCCCAACUGCUGAGUAUGUUCAUUGAUGUGGACUUAACAGUGGUUGGAACACAGAUUGCUGCUCCCUGCCCCAAUUGAAUAUUUGGCUUUUAGGUGGACAGCACCUUGACUGAUGGUGCCAACCACCUGUAAAAUGCAGAAGCACCCUAAAACUGUAAAGGUAGGUUUGAAAAUGUAGUGGCAGGCCUUACAUAAGGUCUUAAAGGUGAGGCUGAACACAGAGAACAAGUGUUCAUUGAUUUGCAUAGUUCUUUGGCUCUUUCAGUGCCCAGCACAAACAGACUAGGUUAUACAACAUGAGCAAAUGUAUGCAAAUGUGUUUCAUUUUCAUAAUGUUCAGAGAUUACAGAAUUCUGGUUUUCUGGAGGUAGAUUUUGAAUUGCAUACUUGUUUGUUUUGGUGGUUGUGUUUUGUUUGCUUGCCUGAUUCAUUUUAAAUGUGCAGCUCUAAUGAAAUGAUAGCAGUAGGACUGAAACUUGCCAAAAUGGUUGCAGGUUAAGUGUUAGGCGAGUGCUCACCACUGCUGCUUUAUUAUUGCUUCCUUCAACUACACAAAUGUGUUUGUUUUAUUCCACAGACAAACGAAGCUCCACUACAAUACUUGAAGAAGGUAAAGCAGAAAAAAGCAUCUUAGGUUAUUAUUUCAAGAAAUAAAUGUUGAUAAUUAUAAUCGUGUUCUAAAAACUUCUUAAUUACACACCUCUAUUUUCAUUCCCUUUAUUUCAAAUUUAAAGAGAACUUUCUGAAUCGCUUUUGUGAAUUUCAAAAUUCAUAUACCAGCCCUUGUGCUGAAAGGUUGACUAUUAAAGGC